AUGGGGGCAUCUGCCAAGAGAAGACCCAAAGUCCAGCCCAGUACCCUGGUUCUGCCACCACAGUGAGUACAGCUCCUCUUCCUCCUGUUGUUUUUCUUCAGUUUAGUGUUGUCAUAGUCCCGAGGAUCACAUGACGGUAAUACAAUGGUGCAUUGUCUUAUUUUGUUUUCUUGGACCUCUUGGGCCGUAGACCUCUUGCUUUGAUAGGAGAGUGAUGAGAGUGGGGGAAGGGCAUGCAGGAAGUCUGGAUGGAUGGACUGAGGGAUGGCAUCCCCAAUGGAAGAUGAAAGAGUGGUUGAAGGAAAGAGAAGAGAGUGGUCCCCACCUGGCAUAGCUGCUACAAAAACAGGAAUCCAUUGUGUGUUGGGCUCUUAUGUAUAGUCCUUGAUCAGUGUGGCAUUGUGCCCUGGUCUUUGAAAUGUCCCACCUUUUUUCAUAAAUGUUUGUCAGUGUGCCUUUUGAUAGACAUGGGCUACUGCUUUCAUAAUGUUAUUACAGUGCAAGUUAUUGUGUGAGUUUUCUAUAACUUAAAGUCCUUCGGGUAGAUGAGGUUUGCAGAAUGUGUGGAAAUGGCACCUGGUGCACUUUUCUGUUCACCCUCACACCCCUUGUCAACAAAAGAAAGAUCCUCACAGAAUCUCAUAUUCACUGGGUUCGGGUGACAUUUUCCCCCAUAUUUCCCAUCUGGCAUUUUAUACGUUUUUGGCAUGAGAGGGAGGGCCGGCAUCGCUCAGUAAAGUGUCUGCACUCUGGAUGUAAAGGGAAAUAUCAAUAGUGGGGAACAGUGAAGGCACGGCUGUCACUGUAAAUCUUCCUGGAGCAGCUUCUCACUGGCCGGUUUCCUGCGUUGUGCAGGGGUGACUCUGGGCUUUGGGGAACUCUAAUGGCUCCGUACAGCUCAGGAAGAGAGCGGGUGAAGAGCGGAGCAAGGUGAAGCCAACCAGCGGCUCCUCUGUCAAACGUCAUUGUCCUGAUGAAUUUGCCGUUUCUAAAAGGAGCAGCCAACGCAUGAAUUAUGCAGCACAACCUUCAUGCGAGGUGGCUUUUUAAGUUGUUUUGCAUCCACCCUCCUGCAUUGCCAGCUGUUUUCGCCCUGCGUUCUUCUAUAUGUACAGAAAUGCCCCAGAAAGUGCACAGUGUAAAUAUGGUAUAACAAAGAAAUGUUGUGGUAGUAAAUGAAUGUAGAUGAUAUGAUAUUGAGUUUAUGCAGACACUUUAGCUACUAAGUAGUCAAGUCCUGAGUAGACACAUUUCUGUUGGAGAGUAGAUCAAUGGCAGGCCAUUAGAGAUUGGCAUGUUUGAUUGUUCAAGUCGAAUCUGCUUUGUCAGCCUUGAAAACGAUCCUGGUCAAAGUAUGGAGAUACCAGGUUAUACAAUCUGAUACCCUAUUAGUCCGACACUAGUCACAGGAAGUGUUUGUUAUGCAGGAGUUAUGAUCUAAGACUGGAUGCUGAAGAGAUUAACAGAUUAUAGAAGACAUCGGACUGCUAACUAGCAGGCCUCAUGCUAAGAAAUUGAUGGGAUGUGGCUUUUGUAUGAUUUUUGUUUUUGUUUUACAGACACAUACAGUAUGAAAAGGGCCAGGAGUUUUGGGGCACUUUUUGAGGCACUGUGCUUUUACUGGUAUUUCCAGCAUAAUCCGCUUGGUUUGCUGCCGGUAGAAAAUCAUAGGAAAUGUUAUUUAAUUGAAACAAGCUGUGUCCAAUCAAUCAAUCAAUGUUUGGUUGUGCGUGUGUUUGGUGGGGGGACCUCCUAAGCCAUGGGAUGCGUAGCUCUGCGAAUCUUAAGUGAAGUGGCAAUAUUCGAUUAGUCUGAAUUUGCCCAAACAGUUAACGGUCAGAACACUAUCAAUUAGGAAUAUCGCUAGCAACAACAGAAUACAUAUUGGGGGAAUUACAUACAUACAGUAGAAAAGAGGAGAAUAUCUUUCUAAUGAUGUCAAUUUUAUUUCUCAUCUCCUAAUAUCACACAAAUUACACUCAUUGGAGCCGCUUACACUCACUGGAGUAUCUGACAUAGGCUUUGAAAAAGCACCUGCGACUAGGCUACUAGUGUUGCAAGUGCUGCUGGUAAGCUUUCUUGACUUGGACAUACAUUUUUGCAAACACAUGGCUAACCUUUGUUAAACCAGCUAAACAGCUCCUCUUAGUGAAAAUGUGUUUAAAGUGACCUUUCUAGCUAAUAAGCUAUGUUAGAGUUUAUACUUCCUCUUCCAAUUAUAAUGUGGGGAGGUCUAAAUAUUGAAAAAAAUGUAUUACUUCUCCUUGCCAUUCACCUGAUGAUAAGACAUGUGGAAAAACAUUUUUUGCUAACUUAUGAUGGGGGUCCAUGGGUGGCCGGUUUGCCAGGGAGGGGGUCCAUGGGCAAGAAAAGGUUGAAGACCCCUGCUCUAAAUGGAGUCAUGCUAUAUAGAAUCAGCUGAACUGGCACGUAUUGAUUGACUCCUGUCAUGCAUAAGCCGACCUCCCUUAGACAGCUAGCCCCCCUAUCUGGAUUAUUAUUGUCCUAAGUGGUUAACGCAUUCAGUUUAAUCAUGUAUCUCUUUGAGCUGCUGCUCUGUUUAUCCAGAGACGCAGUGACCAAAUUAGAGCAAUUGUGCUCUCUUUUGUUAAAGGUAAAAGACAAGACAAAUUGAUGCUUAAAGUGGAACUAACCACUAAGUUUGAUAGCUAAUCCAGCUAACUGAUAUAAGAUUCCUUCUUGCUCUGGGAGGGUACCACUAUAAUAAUAUGGUGAUAUUACCUGUGCUUCUGGAAACUCACCAGGAAACUUUGCGCCGUGCAAGGUCACUUUGGUGUGACUCAUGCUGGGCGUGUCGUCUGUUGGCCAACAAUGAUCAGUUCGUCACUCCGGGGACACAGGCCUUUGUCCUUGGAGCAUCGAUUCAGAGUGGCGUUGUCAGCUUGGGCCUGCCCAUUCCCAUCAGCAGAGAGGCUAAGCAGAUCUGUUAGGAGCAAGCCUGGAAUUUGUGAUUUUAGGGGCAAGGCCAUUUGGCCUUCAAGAGGUGCCCAAUCUGCCAGGGCCAUCUGCUAGGGCACCAAGGCCAUUAACCAAAACAGCCAAUUAAAUGGAUUUGAAAACUGAAAAACACGAGGUAUUCUGUUAAGAAAAAUAUGUGCAUGUAAAUGUACAUAAAUCAUUUGCCUAUAUGUCAAAGUGUAGGUGAUAGGGUACAGCAUCUCAUGUCCACACCGAUGCUGACAUGAGGGAGGCACCAGAAAAUAUAGGCAAACUUUAAUGACACUUUUAAUUACAUAUACUGUAUAUGUUUGACAAAUAUAAUGUAGGAUAAUUCAUUAAUAUUAACGCCUAAAUGCUUGAUUCUGUCAACAUGCUUGAGGCACUGUUCGUUCGGAUAGGGGAGAAAGGCCAGUGCCUGUUGAGCACCGCAACAUCACCCACAUUGCAAUCUGAGCGGAGGCAGACAUCAUUCUGAAACCAUUUAACCAUUUUGCCAAGAGUGUGCAAAGCUGUCAUCAAGGCAAAGGGUGGCUAUUUGAAGAGUCUUAAAAAUAAAAUAUAUUUUGAUUUGUUUAACACUUAUUUGGUUACUACAUGAUUCCAUAUGUGUUAUUUCAUAGUUUUGAUAUCUUCACUAUUAUUCUACAAUGUAAAAAUAAAGAAAAUCCCUUGAAUGAGUAGGUGUGUCCAAACUUUUGACUGGUAGUGUAUACAGUUGAAGUCGGAAGUUUACAUACACCUUAGCCAAAUACAUUUAAACUCAGUUUGUCACAAUUCCUGACAUUUAAUCCUAGUAAAAAGUUAGGAUCACCACUUUAUUUUAAGAAUGUGAAAUGUCAGAAUAAUAGUAGACAGAAUGAUUUAUUUCAGCUUUUAUUUCUUUCAUCACAUUCCCAGUUGGUCAGAAAUUUACAUACACUCAAUUAGUAUUUGGUAGCAUUGCCUUUAAAUUGUUUAACUUGGGUCAAAUGUUUUGGAUACCCUUCCACAAGCUUCACACGAUAAGUUGGGUGAAUUUUGGCCCAUUCCUCCUGACAGAGCUGGUGUAACUGAGUCAGGUUUGUAGGCCUCCUUGCUCGUACACACAUUUUCAGUUCUGCCCACAAAUGUUCUAUAGGAUUGAGGUCAGGGCUUUGUGGUGGCCACUUUGGAAGUAUUCUUGGGGUCAUUGUUCAUUUGGAAGACCCAUUUCCAACCAAGCUUUAACUUCCUGACUGAUGUCUUGAGAUGUUGCUUCAAUAUAUCCACAUAAUUUUCCUUCCUCAUGAUGCCAUCUAUUUUGUGAAGUGCACCAGUCCCUCCUGUAGCAAAGCAUCCCCACAGCAUGCUGCUGCCACCCCCGUGCUUUACGGUUGGUAUGGUGUUAUUCGGCUUGCAAGCAUCCCCCCUUUUCCUCCAAACAUAACGAUGGUCAUUAUGGCCAAACAGUUCUAUUUUUGUUUCAUCAGACCAGAGGACAUUUCUCCAAAAAGUAAGAUCUUUGUCCCCAUGUGAAGUUGCAGACCGUAGUCUGGCGUUUUAAUGGCGGUUUUGGAGCAGUGGCUUCUUCCUUGCUGAGCGGCCUUCCAGGUUUUGUCGAUAUAGGACUCGUUUUACUGUGGAUAUAGAUACUUUUGUACCUGUUUCCUCCAGCAUCUUCACAAGGUCCUUUGCUGUUGUUCUGGGAUUGAUUUGCACUUUUCACACCAAAGUACGUUCAUCUCUAGGAGACAGAAUGCGUCUCCUUCCUGAGCGGUAUGAUGGCUGCGUGGUCCCAUGAUGUUUAUACUUGCGUACUAUUGUUUGUACAGAUGAACGUGGUACCUUCAGGCGUUUGGAAAUUGCUCCCAAGGAUGAACCAGAAAUUUUUUUCUGAGGUCUUGGCUGAUUUCUUUUGAUGUCAAGCAAAGAGGCACUGAGUUUGAAGGUAGGCCUUGAAAUACAUCCACAGGUACACCUCCAAUUGACUCAAAUGAUGUCAAUUAGCCUAUCAGAAGCUUCUAAAGCCAUGACAUCAUUUUCUGGAAUUUUCCAAGCUGUUUAAAGGCACAGUCAACUUAGUGUAUGUAAACUUCUGACCCACUGGAAUUGUGAUACAGAGAAUUAUAAGUGAAAUAAUCUGUCUGUAAACAAUUGUUGGAAAAAUGACUUGUCAUGCACAAAGUAGAUGUCCUAACCAACUUGCCAAAACUAUAGUUUGUUAACAAGAAAUUUGUGGAGUGGUUGGAAAAACUAGUUUUAAUGACUCCAACCUAAGUGUAUGUAAACUUCCGACUUCAACUGCAUGUGCAGUGGUUGUAUGAAUUUGGGAUCUAUCGGCCCACAACUGUCCCAGAGUCUGUUAUUGCUCUCACAGAAUGACAAGCUGACCAAUAGAAUAGGUAAACCUUUGUACUGUGGGAGAUAGCAGAUUGACAUAGGCUAGUGAUUUAUGCUGUUUGUUAGUCAUAUUGUUAGCUGAGGAAAAGUACAUUUGGACAGUUCUACGUCUUCAAUGUGUGCCUCGGAAUUCAAUAAGAAAGACACGCUCCGUUGCAUCCCCGAUAUGUCGGUCUUCACUUGUACUUUGGGUCUGCGAUGCCUGUGAGAGGGACCCAAUCAUGUGACGGGCAUUGGCUAAGAAGAAUUUAGAUACUGUAUCUGAGAAAGCCAUGUGAGUGAGAGCUACGAAUGGCAGCUGGGAGAACUGAAUUAUAAUUAUUAUAUUCCGCCCAAGGGCACAAUGUCCACUUUGGCCACAAGGCUGUGCUUUUUUUUAGGGGGCAUUACAGCCACAGAAGGGGGGCUGUCGAUGCCGCCGGGAAAUUGGCGGCCUGAUUAGGAGCCAUCGCCACUGUACUUCUGUCUUAGGUCUGGCCCUGUCACAAGCAUCACUCAAACACACAGGCCCCACUCACAUGUUAACACUGUAAUAACAUAGGAGGUGGAACAUUUUCCAAACACAUGUAGAAGCCAUUUUUCACAUCGGUCUCCGAAUGUGACAUCACGUUGUAACUAGGGUGAUAACUUCCAAAUGGUAGGGCUGUGACAGUCAUGGAAUUUUGGAUGCCAGUUAUUUGUCAGCCCUAUGACCACGGUCACCAUUAUAGUAGUUUGAAUAGAAAGAGAGAAAAAAGCCCCCCAUUGUCUCUUCUCCUCCACUUCUGACUGCAUGUUCUGCUGCAAAAGUUGAAUUGAAUUAGGAAAGUUUCAUCACGUUGUAAAGUGUCCAUUUUACGGUGAAAAUGACUCAACCGCACCUGUCAUCUUGUUGAAUGCCGGGCCGUCCCAUUUCCAGUCAGCUGUUCUUUCCACAACACAAAAUUCUACAACUGGCUAGUUUUUCCUCCUCUCGUCUCUCCUUAUAUCGGCUGUUAAAUGUAAACCAGGCUUACUUUUGCUUUGCUGCUUUUGGGUAGAGCUUGUCGACUUGAAUAUGAAGUUGAUUUAAAAAGGUUAGUUUUUUUAUUUAUUUUUAAACGGUUAUGAAGGCUAUUUUAUUUUCAUGACUGUCUUCAUGCAUAAUCAUUGGUUACUCUAUUAAACAAUUACCGUGCCAGCCCUACCAAAUGUGUUUGUCUUCUCGAUGAAACUUUGGUCCUCGCAGCUUUGUUUUUUUCCAAUUCUCCAUAACAGACUUGGUCAGACACUGCCCACUUGUUUUUAAAUCAGGUGAUAUCUUGAAUAUAUUUCUCAUCCAGAUUACACUAUAACUAUUCACAAAUGUUUGAAUUAGCGAACGUAUGCCUAAUGAUUGGCAUACAGACGCUGGUUAGGCCCUGUGCAUCCCGUUUCCGGUGCUGCAUUGCGACACUGUAGAGUUGAGGGGGAUGAAAUUCCAGUGAUCCCUGAUUAGACUGAACAGCAAGUAAGACGGCUCUGAUUUAUCAGUAUUCAUCUCAGUGAGCCAUGCAGUCACAAGCAAGGGAAUAUCUGACCACUCCUCAUAAUCAACCGCAACGUUUGCAGGUGUAAGAGAAAUGUUAGGCUCCAUCCCCAAACACUGGCAAGCUGAUACCAGUCUGUCAGUUGUUGUUUGUCGUCUCUUAGUUAUUAUUCGCUGUCAUGAAACGGCGCUAGAUCCGAUUUGUCUUGGUACUCGCAGAUCACUUUUCAAAUGCUUUUUUUGACAGAAUAAGGUUUUCACCUGCUCAGCGGCUCCUAAUGGUAAUCUGGAGCAUUAACAUUCAAGACACUCUUCACAGUGGAUUCUUAAACUAUGUAAUGGAACUUCCCUUUAUGUCUAUAUUUCCUUAGAGCGUUCAUUAACUUUGCAUUUAAAUUACAAGGUUGAUAGAAAAAAGCCCUAAUGACUUGUAGAUCAAGGUAUUCUAAAGGCUAUUCCUUUAAAGGGAAAUUUCACUCAAAAAACGAUCUUUUGGUAUUUUUAAAAUUAGUCCACUGUUGAUAUAGUACCAAAAUGUUAUCAAGAUAUUGGACUUUUAAAAAGCAAAGUGUCACCAGCCACAUCAUCAUGAUGAUGUGGCCAGUGACACUUUGCUUCUUAAAAGUCCAAUAGCUUGACCCUGACUGCAGAAACCUUUGUUUGCAAUUACAGAGAUCAUACGUGGUCCUCUGUAGCUCAGCUGGUAGAGCACGGCGCUUGUAACGCCAAGGUAGUGGGUUCGAUCCCCGGGACCACCCAUACACAAAAAUGUAUGCACACAUGACUGUAAGUCGCUUUGGAUAAAAGCGUCUGCUAAAUCGCAUAUUAUGUGCUGGAAUUGAAAUAAACUCAGCAAAAAAAGGAACGUCCCUUUUUCAGGACCCUGUCUUUCAAAGAUAAUUCGUAAAAAUCCAAAUAACUUCGCAGAUCUUCAUUGUAAAGGGUUUAAACACUGUUUCCCAUGCUUGUUCAAUGAACCAUAAACAAUUAAUGAACAUGCACCUGUGGAACGGUCGAUAAGACACUAACAGCUUACAGACGGUAGGCAAUUAAGGUCACAGUUAUGAAAACUUAGGACACUAAAGAGGCCUUUCUACUGACUCUGGAAAACACCAAAAGAAAGAUGCCUCAGUGUCCCUGCUCAUCUGCGUGUACGUGCCUUAGGCAUGCUGCAAGGAGGCAUUAGGACUGCAGAUGUGACCAGGGCAAUAAAUUGCAAUGUCCGUGCUGUGAGACGCCUAAGACAGCGCUACAGGGAGACAGGACGGACAGCUGAUCGUCCUCGCAAGUGGCAGACCACGUGUAACAACACCUGCACAGGAUCGGUACAUCCGAACAUCACACCUGCGGGACAGGUACAGGAUGGCAACAACAACUGCCCGAGUUACACCAGGAACGCACAAUCCCUCCAUCAGUGCUCAGACUGUCCGCAAUAGGCUGAGAGAGGCUGGGCUGAGGGCUUGUAGGGCUGUUGUAAGACAGGUCCUCACCAGACAUCACCGGCAACAACGUCGCCUAUGGGCACAAACCCACCAGCGGGAUCGAUUUAGAGGUGGUGGGUCCGUUAUGGUCUGGGGCGGUGUGUCACAGCAUCAUCGGACUGAGCUUGUUGUUAUUGCAGGCAAUCUCAACGCUGUGCAUUACAGGGAAGACAUCCUCCUCCCUCAUGUGGUACCCUUCCUGCAGGCUCAUCCUGACAUAACCCUCCAGCAUGACAAUGCCACCAGCCAUACUGCUCGUUCUGUGUGUGAUUUCCUGCAAGACAGGAAUGUCAGUGUUCUGCCAUGACCAGUGAAGAGCCCGGAUCUCAAUCCCAUUGAGCACGUCUGGGACCUGUUGGAUCGGAGGGUGAGGGCUAGGGCCAUUCCCCCCAGAAAUGUCCGGGAACUUGCAGGUGCCUUGGUGGAAGAGUGGGGUAACAUCUCACAGCAAGAACUGGCAAAUCUGGUGCAGUCCAUGAGGAGGAGAUGCACUGCAGUACAUAAUGCAGCUGGUGGCCACACCAGAUACUGACUGUUACUUUUGAUUUUGACCCCCCCUUUGUUCAGGGACACAUUAUUCAAUUUCUGUUAGUCACAUGUCUGUGGAACUUGUUCAGUUUAUGUCUCAGUUGUUGAAUUUUGUUAUGUUCAUAGAAAUAUUUACACAUGUUAAGUUUUCUGACAAACGUAGUUGACAGUGAGAGGACAAUUCUUUUUUUGCUGAGUUCAUAAUUAUUAGAACACGCAUCCCCAUUCAAGUCAACGAUGGCAUAAUGGGUAGACUGGCGGCCAUUGCGUGGUGUACCCAUAGGAGCAAAGCAGGAAGUAAAAUACACUACAUUACCAAAAGUAUGUGGACACCUGCUCGUCGAACGUCUCAUUCCAAAAUCAUGGGCAUUAAUAUGGAGUUGGUCCCCCCUUUGCUGCUAUAACAUACUCCACUCUUCUGGGAAGGCUUUCCGCUAGAUGUUGGAACAUUGUUGCUGCGGGGACUUGCUUCCAUUCAGCCACAAGAGCAUUAGUGAGGUUGGGCACUGAUGUUGGGCGAUUAGGCCUGGCUCGCAGUCGGUGUUCCAAUUCAUCCGAAAGGUGUUAGAUGGGGUUGAGGUCAGGGCUCUGUGCAGGUCAGUCAAGUUCUUCCACACCGAUCUCGACAAACCAACGGGGGCAUUGUCAUGCUGAAACAGGAAAGUUGGAAGGACAGAAUUGUCUAGAAUGUCAUUGUAUGCUGUAGUGUUAAGAUUUCCCUUCACUGGAACUAAGGGGCCUAGCCCGAACCAUGAAAAACAGCCCCAGAGCACUAUUCCUCCUCCACCAAACUUUACAGUUGGCACUAUGCAUUCGGGCAGGUAGCGUUCUCCUGGCAUCUGCCAAACCCAGAUUCGUCAUGUCGGACUGCCAGAUGGUGAAGCAUUAUUCAUCAUCGUGAUCUUAGGCUUGUGUGUGGCUGCUCAGCCAAGGAAACCCAUUUCAUGAAGUUCCCGACUAAUAGUUAUUGUGCUGACGUUGCUUCCAGAGGCAGUUUGGUGUUGAGGGUUGCAACUGAGGACAGACGAUUUUUACGCACUGCGCGCUUCAGUACUCGGCGGUCCCGUUCUGUGAGCUUGUGUGGCCUACCACUUCACGGCUGAGCCGUUGUUGCUCCUAGACUUUUCCACUUCACAAUAACAGCACUUACAGUUGACUGGGGCAGCUGUAGCACGGCAGAAAUUUGACUAACUGACUUUUUGGAAAGCUGACAUGUUGAAAGUCACUGAGCUCUUCAGUAAGGCCAUUCUACUGCCAAUGUUUGUCUAUGGAGAUUGCAUGGCAGUGUGCUUGAUUUUAUACACCUGUCAGAAACGGGUGUGGCUGAAAUAGCCAAAUCCACUUAUUUGAAAGGGUGUCCACAUACUUUUGUAUAUACAGUGAGGGAAAAAAGUAUUUGAUCCCCUGCUGAUUUUGUACGUUUGCCCACUGACAAAGACAUGAUCAGUCUAUAAUUGUAAUGGUAGGUGUAUUUGAACAGUGAGAGACAGAAUAACAACAAGAAAAUCCAGAAAAACGCAUGUCAAAAAUGUUAUAAAUUGAUUUGCAUUUUAAUGAGGGAAAUAAGUAUUUGGCCCCUCUGCAAAACAUGACUUAGUAUUUGGUGGCAAAACCCUUGUUGGUAAUCACAGAGGUCAGACGUUUCUUGUAGUUGGCAACCAGGUUUGCACACAUCUCAGGAGGGAUUUUGUUCCACUCCUCUUUGCUGAUCUUCUCCAAGUCAUUAAGGUUUCGAGGCUGACGUUUGGCAACUCGAACCUUCAGCUCCCUCCACAGAUUUUCUAUGGGAUGAAGGUCUGGAGACUGGCUAGGCCACUCCAGGACCUUAAUGUGCUUCUUCUUGAGCCACUCCUUUGUUGCCUUGGCCGUGUGUUUUGGGUCAUUGUCAUGCUGGAAUACCCAUCCACGACCCAUUUUCAAUGCCCUGGCUGAAGGAAGAAGGUUCUCACCCAAGAUUUGACCGUACAUGGCCCCAUCCAUCGUCCCUUUGAUGCGGUGAAAUUGUCCUGUCCCCUUAGCAGAAAAACACCCCCAAAGCAUAAUGUUUCCACCUCCAUGUUUGACGGUGGGGAUGGUGUUAUUGGGGUCAUAGGCAGCAUUCCUCCUCCUCCAAACACGGCGAGUUGAGUUGAUGCCAAAGAGCUCCAUUUUGGUCUCAUCUGACCACAACACUUUCACCCAGUUCUCCUCUGAAUCAUUCAGAUGUUCAUUGGCAAACUUCAGACGGGCAUGUAUAUGUGCUUUCUUGAGCAGGGGGACCUUGCAGGCGCUGCAGGAUUUCAGUCCUUCACGGCGUAGUGUGUUACCAAUUGUUUUCUUGGUGACUAUGGUCCCAGCUGCCUUGAGAUCAUUGACAAGAUCCUCCCGUGUAGUUCUGGGCUGAUUCCUCACCGUUCUCAUGAUCAUUGCAACUCCACGAGGUGAGAUCUUGCAUAGAGCCCCAGGCCGAGGGAGAUUGACAGUUCUUUUGUGUUUCUUCCAUUUGCGAAUAAUCGCAACAACUGUUGUCACCUUCUCACCAAGCUGCUUGGCGAUGGUCUUGUUGCCCAUUCCAGCCUUGUGUAGGUCUACAAUCUUGUCCCUGACAUCCUUGGAGAGCUCUUUGGUCUUGGCCAUGGUGGAGAGUUUGGAAUCUGAUUGAUUGAUUGCUUCUGUGGACAGGUGUCUUUUUAUACAGGUAACAAACUGAGAUUAGGAGCACUCCCUUUAAGAGUGUGCUCCUAAUCUCAGCUCGUUACCUGUAUAAAAGACACCUGGGAGCCAGAAAUCUUUCUGAUUGAGAGGGGGUCAAAUACUUAUUUCCCUCAUUAAAAUGCAAAUCAAUUUAUAACAUUUUUGACAUGCCUUUUUCUGGAUUUCUUUGUUUUUAUUCUGUCUCUCACUGUUGAAAUACACCUACCAUUAAAAUUAUAGACUGAUCAUUUCAUUGUCAGUGGGCAAACGUACAAAAUCAGCAGGGGAUCAAAUACUUUUUUCCCUCACUGUAUAGUGUAUGUGCUAAAAUAUGUACUGUGAUUUUUUUAUUCAAAUCAACUGACAUUACAAAAAAUACAUUCCAUUGCAUGAGCCACAUCAGUUAACAUCAUUUGAAUUAACAUUCUACAUUACAAUGGAAAGUAUUGCAUCACAAUUACGUACCAUUAAAGUACUAUGCAGCCAUUACGAGUAUACCCAUGAGUUUACCAGUCAAAUUGCCUGGGUUAGAGUUUCCAACCAUGGAUUAGGAAUUAGUAUGGACAUGAACCCAAUUAGUAAUUAGAAUCGCCAGUUGGCCAUUCCUGAUGUACAUUUAACCAGGUCCAAAAUCCUAACCUAUGGUUCACAAUGCUCCCACGUAGGGAAAUAGAGCCUGCGAGAAGAGCAGGGCCGCGACGUUCUAGCUAAUAUUGACUGGGACUAUUCUGGAGCUUUGAGGGUUUGUGACAUAGCCCCUCUAGUAAUGUAAUAGGAUUCCUAUGGUUCCAACUUCCAAGUCCAUUCUAUUUAUAUGUGUGCUGUUACUCCAUUGUGGGGGGGUGUUGCCUAGGCAACCAAAGACUUGUUUGCUUGUUUGAGCAAGGAGCAACAAAGUUUCAUCACGUUAAGAGUCCAUGUUAUGACCGAAACAGACUCAACCGCACGCCUGUCCUGUCUUCAGUCAGCUGUUCGUUCCGCACACACACACAAAAUAAUGAAACGGUUAUGGCUGCUGAAAAAAUGAUUAGGUUGAACACUGGGUACAUGAUGAUGUCCCACAAUCACCAGCCGCCCCUGCAGUGUGUUCUGCACAAUUGGAGACAUGGUGGCGAGUGGUGUUUGAUUUUCCCAAUUCAAUUCAACAUUUAGAGUCUUUGUCAGCUGUCGAUGAUGGCUUCCAAACUUGAGCCAAUCAGAGCAGGAGGGUGCUCUUCCCACAAGAAGAUUUAAGUGAAUUUUGGCUGUGCAGUCCACAGCGACCGAACACCUUUUACGCCAUUUGUGUUUUAAGCUUGAGUCCACCGAAUACAACCAUGCCACCAUCUUUAGACUAUUGUCUCUCAUCAGGGCCACAUUUGCUGUGAGCACUACAGCUAUAGCAGAGCUCACAGUUUCCCAAUACACAUAAAUCAUUAUCUCCAAAAUAGUUUAAGAAUGAUAUGGACAAAUAAAAUCACCCGUAGUCUCUCAACAAACCUCCAUCCACCUCCCCUAUGCCAUAUCCUCAUUUUGCCUACAGACUUAGACUCAAAGAGAAAACGCAAUGCAGACCAGUACCCUUCUAUGUGUAGCCUAGUGUUCAGUGGCAUUAAAAGGAAGCAAAAGGAUGAGAAGUAUUAGAACAAAGGGGGAUGGUAUAUGGCAGCCACUUUUACACACAGAGGCAUGUAUUGGACACUCUCAAACCCAUCCUCAUUUUGUAUUUAGGGAGCAGCUUAAUAACAAGUCAUUAGGCUUAUUCUAAAUGAGUAUCUUCAUGCUGAAGGGUUUGCCUUGGGCAAGUGAACUUUACAUGGAGACUGGAGGCAGCCAUCCAUCCAAGUGUUGUUCUUCUAAGGUUAAGAAAUUGAGGUAGUUGUUUUUGUACAAGGUAGUUACACUGAAGUUCUCAAUGUUGAACCAUACAUGUACCAGGGAUUUUUUUGGUCAGGCUUAAAUAUCUUGGUUGGGUUGGAUCUGGAAGUUGGAACUCCUAGCCCAGAAUGCCAAGUAGGAUGUCCAACACCUAGGGAGAUAGUAAUUUACUAUACUGAUUUGAAUCAGUGAAAAUGUGGUGUUUUGUGUUGCAGUAAAACGAGUUUCACUCUCAAGAUGAAUUAUUAAGCAGCUAAAUGUAAGAACAAGUCUUGUCUUGUAACUGUCUGGCAGUCUGGCACCCUACAAUGCUGCCAAUUGAGAGGUUCUGAAUCUCAAUUUAACAACUCUGCUACCUAUGUUCAUCCCAAUGCACAUAGUGAGAAUGUAGACCUAAAGUUUGAUGUGCAUGUGCUUAUGGUGUGCGAGAACACACCAGUGAACCUCUGUACUUGUUGGUCAAAAAUGGUAAUUACAUGAUUGUGGGUCUCUUGACUUCUAUAUGACUUUUAAAAUCAUUCUUAAUAUGAGAUUUUCUUUUCAUGUCUAUUUUGCAUGACACCCUUAGGUCCGUCGAUGGCUCAUGGUUAUCAAGAUUCUCAUUAUAUUUCGAUUAGCAUGCAAGCACUUGUGGCCUCGCAGUCCAGGGUAAAAGUGAUCCCUAGCAGCGCUGACAGUUAACAGGGUCCCCCUGGCGAAGGUUUAGGGGUGCAAGUGGAUUGAUGUGUGGGAGGUAUGGGGGUCAACUGUUAAAGCUCAGUGUCUGUCUCUCUUAGCCAUGACUGUCUGUCUAUCUGUGGCGUUGAUGUGAGAGCUGCUGCUGCAGCGGUAGUGUACUCAAUCCACUGGCUUGGAGGGAAAGACGUUGGGGGCCUUCUAAAGGAGCAAGUAUCCUACAAGAUGACAGAGUAGCAGAGAUGAAUUCAUACGGCUACUAUAACAUACAGAGUCAUGUGUUUGUUUGAUUAGGGAUGGGUGAGUGGCUGAUAUGGGUCCUUAAUAUUAUCAGACUAAUGUGAUCAAUUGGGGAUUUGUUUCUUUGAAACCAUUGAUUAACAUCAUGAAAACAUUGAGUCAACUGCACUUCAGGUGUUGAAUCAUUUCAAGUGUAGAUUAUCCAAAAUAUUUGUUAAGAAAAGUGACCUAAAACAUUUAGACAUGUCAAUAACACAGCAGCACAUUAUGCUUUUCUAGGACUGUGGAUUGAUGUAGGUUGAAACCUGUUUGUUAUUCAUUUCCAAAAGGAGAAAAUUGACUAUCUCCUCCUCCAGGUAUGUGGACGACGUGAUAUCGAGGAUCGGCCGGAUGUUCCCAGACAUGUCGAUUGAACUCUUCCGACCCAACGGGACAUCGGCAGUACUUCUGGUAAGAUUCCUCCUCACCACCGGGCAUCCAACACUUCUCUGGUCCAAAACGUUCUGCUUCGCUCACUUUCAACAUCUGACCAAUUAUUGACAUUUGGAGGGCCACUCCCAAUAUAAAUAUAUAAACAAGCUGACCAAGAUGAUAUUUGCAUGGUGUCAGCAAUAUCCACAAAAGAACACUGAAAUGCAAGCUAUGCACGGAGUCCUCAGUUUUUACUCCAUCAUAACAGGAUGGAGGGUGCCCUGGCCAAGUGCAGGUUGCUGACCAUGAAUGCCAAAAGAUAAAAAACCUUGGAGCUAUUAUUGUAUGUGCAUUAUUUGACAAGAAAACCAUGAUGGAGGAACAGGGUCGAGUUCCUUGACCAAUGAUUGUGAUGUACAUUGCAGAUGAAAGGGUACUUACUGUACAACUUCUGUUCAUGCAAGAGGUAGAUUACAGAGAAACAUCUUCAAUCGUCUGAGCAACACUAGGUUCUCACUCUGCUCUGCUUUGCUCCAAGUUUUAUUUCAACAAAGUGCUUAAGGAUUCAAAGAAGACUUGUAGUGUUAAAUGUUAAUGCUACCUGUAAUUAUUGACAUUGUUCCCUGGGAUGUGUGGUGAAGCUGCUCUUCUUUACCGUCUCUUACCACAAAAAGGGCCCUACCGUGAUGAUCAUGUCAAAAAUCAGGUCCACAUAUUACUGACAAGUGUGUCUCUCCUAGUGUUGCACGGUAUACUGGUAAUAUCACGUACCAAAAUGUCAUGAUACUUUUAGAAUACCGUAGUACCGUUUCAUACGAUACUACCAGAUUUUUUCGGACUUACCAAUCUAAAGAGACCAACUAGCGCCUGUUAUAAAAUGUUUAUAAAGUCAGUUUUGUUUACAAAUUGAGUUACAUUUUGUAAGCAACAGCAACUAGUCUUGUGUGCGCCAGACCAGAAAUGUCUACUUAACUUUUACGCACAUCUCAGGUAUGGUAGCUGUGAUCAGCUAGCCACAUCCCCUUCCAGCCAUCACUCACCUGCUUCUCUCCAUCCGCUCUUCCUGUGCAUCAAUUCUUCCAUCAGUUUUUUAAAUAUAAUUUAGCCCUGAUGGCGAGCGGGGGUGCAGACCCUUAUGAGUCUUCUGUUGUUACAUGUACAUUUGAAACAUUGGAGCAGCGCGCAAAGCCAGCUCUGCUCUACUUAAUGCAAAUUGCACAUGGCCACCUCUGCUGUUAACCAAUCAGGUGAGGAGCAGAUGUUUGCUUGGAAAUAUUCUGUUCAUGAAACAUAGUUCCGCCUGUCAUUAGUUCCGGGCAAGCAUAACCAAUAAAGAUGGAGGAAAGCCAAUAAUCGCUGUGUCUGGUUUUCCAAUUCUAUGUGAUGUCGCUUUGCUAGACUACAGAGACAAAAUCAUAAGGUCAAUGGCAUGGAGAAGGAUUGCAGAGAAUGUUGGGGUUGAUGGUGGGUGAAGAGAGAUUUGAACAACAAUGUUUGCUUGUGCUGCAACCUAAACCUCAAAACUUUGAUCAAAGCCACCAUUUUGUGAAUGUGUUGACUAAAUUAAAUUGUGAAAUUUGCCCACCAAAGGAUAGAAAUCACCAGUAACACACAUUAUAACAUUGUAAAUGAUACACUAAGCAUGAAUUUCCCAUGUAAUAUGCUAGCAAUUGGGCAUUAUGAUUCUCAUAUAUUAUAGCGCUUUCAUUAUACCUGUGUCAUGACAUUGAUGAUUAUAGCUCCCUUCCUGUAAAAUACAUAGGCCUACAUGUAAAAUGCAAUGAAUGGGUACUUUGUGCAAAUCUCUCUUCACCCAACGUCAACACCAACAUCUCUGCAAUCCUCCUCCAUGCCAUUGGCCUUCUGAUUAAUGGAGCUCCCAACACCCCAUUUAUUUGAUUUGAUUUUUGACAUUUUUAAUUUGCCUACAAAUUGUCAGCUCCUUAUUUUCAUGUGCAGUACUGUACCUAGAAUACAAGGGUUGGAUUUGCACGAAACAAUUUCAUGCCAGAAAAAUCAUGUAGAAAAUCUGGCUUAUGGUUAGCCUCAUACAUACAUACAUUAUAUACAUUGUCUACUGGUAUCAUUUAAAAUUGAGAACAUAUAGCUAGUUUAACAAGAUGCUAAUAAUGUGUGAGUUGACCUAUUCUCUGCUUCAGAUGUACAAUGACAAGGGGCACAUUGAUUGCACAUGCCAAUUAGGCCAGUAAUGCCAUCAUACUGUAGGCAUAUGGCUGCAUUGGUGAUGCAUGUCGAUAUGAUAAGCUGCAAAAUGGGUUCACAUGGCUGAAAUCCUGAGACAGAGUGAUAAUCAAAUAAAACAGAAUGGAGAUCUCACAACUGGACAAAGACGUUAUGUUCAUUUGAGGAAGCAACACAGAAACACAGACAAUUUGGAGACAGAUCCCCUUCACACCUUUAUAUUGUAGAAUUGUGAUCUGUGAUUAAUGAACAUUGACACGAGUUAAUCUUGAAUAAUGUUUUUAAGUUAACAAGUUUAAACACUUCGCUUCAAUUAAUACAAAUUGAAUGAAUCAACAUAUAAUUUCAAAAUAUACAAAUAAGCUAACUUGUUUGUAAAUGUUAAGACAUCUUAGUAAAGAACAAAAAAGUCCAUACCAGAGGUGGCCACACUUGCUCCACUCCCUGAUCUACUGGGUGAGAAGACUUCUAUUCGAGGCCAGCAAUAAUACACAUUGGUAUCAACUCAUUAGGUUUUCCUUUAGCUGAAUCAGGUGUGUUAAUGCUGGGCUGGAACAGAAGCAUGCCCACCCAGCAUACCUCCAGUAGCAGGAUUGGCCUGCUACAGUUGUAAUAAGUUUGUAGCCUACGUUGUGUGUGACUUUAAACUGUAUUGUUGUAUACAACAUUUGUAAACACAAGUACACAUACAACCCAUGGCAUACAGUGCAUUCGGAAAGUAUUCAGACCCCUUCCCUUUUUCCACAUUUUGUUAUGUUACAGCCUUAUUCUAAAAUAGAUUUUUUUGUAUUUCUACACACAAUACAGUAUGAAAAUGUAUGCACUCACUAACUGUAAGUCGCUCUGGAUAAGAGUGUCUGCUAAAUGACUAAAAUGUAAAUACCCCAUAAUUACAAAGCAAAAACAGGUUUUUAGAAAAUUCUGCAAAUUGAUAAAAAACAUAAUCUGAAAUACCUUAUUUACAUAAGUAUUCAGACCCUUUGCUAUGAGACUCAACAUUGAGCUCAGGUGCAUCCUGUUUCCAUUGAUCAUCCUUAAGAUGUUUCUACAACUUGAUUGGAGUCCACCUGUGCUAAAUUCAAUUGAUUGGACAGGAUUUGGUAAGGCACACAUCUUUCUAUAUACGGUCCCACAGUUGACAGUGCAUAUCAGAGUAAAAACCAAGCCAUGAGGUCGAAGGAAUUGUCCUUAGAGCUUCGAGACAGGAUUGUGUCGAGGCACAGAUCUGGGGAAGCGUACCAAAACAUUUCUGCAGCAUUGAAGGUCCUCAAGAACACAGUGGCCUCCAUCAUUCUUAAAUGGAAGAAGUUUGGAACACCGAGACUCUCCCUAGAGCUGGCCGCCCGGCCAAACUGAGCAAUCAGGGGAGAAGGGCCUUGGUCAGGGAGGUGACCAAGAACCUGAUGGUCACUCUGACAGAGCUCCAGAGUUCCUCUAUGGAGAUGAGAGAACCUUCCAGAAGGACAACCAUCUCUGCAGCACUCCACCAAUCAGGGACUGGGAGACUAGUCAGGAUCGAGGGAAAGAUGAGCGGAGCAAAGUACAGAGAUCCUUGAUGAAAACCUGCUCCAGAGCGCUGCUCAGGACUUCAGACUGGGGUGAAGGUUCACCUUCCAACAGGACAACGACCCUAAGCACACAGCCAAGACAACGCAGGAGUGGCUUUGGGACAAGUCUCUGAAUAUCCUUGAGUGGCCCAGCCAGAGCCCAGACUUGAACCCGAUCGAACAUCUCUGGAGAGACCUGAAAAUAGCUGUGCAGCGACGCUCCCCAUCCAACCUGACAGAGCUUGAGAGGAUCUGUAGAGAAGAAUGGGAGAUACUCCCCAAAUACAGUUGUGCCAAGCUUGUAGCGUCAUACCCAAGACUCGAGGCUGUAAUCGCUGCCAAAGGUGCUUCAACAAAGUACUGAGUAAAGAGUCUGAAUACUUAUGUAAAUGUGAUAUUUCUGUUUUUAAUUUUUUACAAAUAAGCAAAAAUGUCUAAACCUGUUUUUGCUUUGUCAUUAUGGGGUAUUGUGUUUAGAUUGAUGGGGUGAAAAAAAACAAUUUAAUCCAUUUUAGAAUGUAACGUAAAAAAAAAUGUAGAAAAGGUCAAGGGGUCGGAAUACUUUCCGAAUACACUGUUACAAGGAUGUGCCAGUAGUCUCUUGGGACAUUCACUGGGACCUUUUCAUCUGCAGACAGGCUUUCGGAGCUCUCCAUAUCUGAGGACAGACAUCACAAAGAAACAGGCUUCAUUAUAUUACAAUUAGACAGCCUGACUAUUAUCUCUCUGUCUUCUUAGCUUCCUAUCUAGGACUGGAACUGGAUAAUAUUUUCAUAAUGUCAUCCCACAACCUGCCCUAUCUAACCAGCUAGUACACCUACUCCCUUUCCUGAAAGCUGGAGCAGGAAAUCAUUUCACCCUCUUCCAUUACUGUUAACUACAAAUGCAUUUGGAGAAUGAGUUUGUAAUAUACAAUGAUAAAUAGGCCUGCAUCAAGAUAACAAGCUAAUAUGAAGUUAGCUAGCUGAUUAUAUUUCUCUUAGCUAUAGUAUGUAAAGUUGUCUAGCUAGCUAGCUACCAGCUUAUUAGCCUACACACAGUGGCCUGCUGUAGCUAGCUAACUAAUAAUACAUUGUGUUUUAACAUUUUCAAAAUGUAUUUACUUACUUACUUGAAUAGGUUCACGCAUGUACAAUUGAAGUCGGAAGUUUACAGACACUUAGGUUGGAGUCAUUAAAACUUGUUUUUCAACCGCUCCACAAAUGUCUUGUUAACAAACUAUAGUUUUGGGAAGUUGGUUAGGACAUCUACUUUGUGCAUGACACAAGUAAUCUUUCCAACAAUUGUUUACAGACAGAUUAUUUCACUUAUAAUUCACUGUAUCACAAUUCCAGUGGGUCAGAAGUUUACAUACACUAAGUUGACUGUGCCUUUAAACAGCUUGGAAAAUUCCAGAAAAUGAUGUCAUGGCUUUAGAAGCUUCUGAUAGGCUAAUUGACAUCAUUUGAGUCAAUUGGAGGUGUACCUGUGGAUUUAUUUCAAGGCCUACCUUCAAACUCAGUGCCUCUUUGCUUGACAUCAUGGGAAAAUCAAAAGAAAUCAGCCAAGACCUCAGAAAAAAAAUUGUAAACCUCCACAAGUCUGGUUCAUCCUUGGGAGCAAUUUCAAAACGUCUGAAGGUACCACGUUAAUCUGUACAAACAAUAGUACGCAAGUAUAAACACCAUGGGACCACGCAGCCGUCAUACAGCUCAGGAAGGAGACGCGUUCUGUCUCCUAGAGAUGAAUGUACUUUGGUGUGAAAAGUGCAAAUCAAUCCCAGAACAACAGCAAAGGACCUUGUGAAGAUGCUGGAAGAAACAGGUACAAAAGUAUCUAUAUCCACAGUAAAACGAGUCCUAUAUCGACAAAACCUGAAAGGCCGCUCAGCAAGGAAGAAGCCACUGCUCCAAAACCGCCAUUAAAACGCCAGACUAUGGUCUGCAACUUCACAUGGGGACAAAGAUCUUACUUUUUGGAGAAAUGUCCUCUGGUCUGAUGAAACAAAAAUAGAACUGUUUGGCCAUAAUGACCAUCGUUAUGUUUGGAGGAAAAGGGGGGAUGCUUGCAAGCCGAAUAACACCAUACCAACCGUAAAGCACGGGGGUGGCAGCAGCAUGCUGUGGGGGUGCUUUGCUACAGGAGGGACUGGUGCACUUCACAAAAUAGAUGGCAUCAUGAGGAAGGAAAAUUAUGUGGAUAUAUUGAAGCAACAUCUCAAGACAUCAGUCAGGAAGUUAAAGCUUGGUUGGAAAUGGGUCUUCCAAAUGAACAAUGACCCCAAGCAUACUUCCAAAGUUGUGGCAAAAUGGCUUAAGGACAACAAAGUCAAGGUAUUGGAGUGGCCAUCAAAAAGCCCUGACCUCAAUCCUAUAGAAAAUGUGUGGGCAGAACUGAAAAAGCGUGUGCGAGCAAGGAGGCCUACAAACCUGACUCGGUUACACCAGCUCUGUCAGGAGGAAUGGGCCAAAAUUCACCCAACUUAUUGUGGGAAGCUUGCGGAAGGCUACCCGAAACGUUUGACCCAAGUUAAACAAUUUUAAGGCAAUGCUACCAAAUACUAAUUGAGUGUACUUCUGACCCACUGGGAAUGUGAUGAAAGAAAUAAAAGCUGAAAUAAAUCAUUCUCUCUACUAUUAUUCUGACAUUUCACAUUCUUAAAAUAAAGUGGUGCUCCUAACUGACCGAAGACAGGGAAUUUUUACUAGGAUUAAAUGUCAGGAAUUGUGAAAAACUGAGUUUAAAUGUGUUUGGCUAAGGUGUAUGUAAACUUCCGACUUCAACUGUAAAUGUAAUUGUUGAGCAGUUUCACUGCAGAUAGAUUGUAUGAUUUUAAAAUUAAAUAAUAAUAAAACGUAUAUUUUAAAAUUGGUUCAUGCCUAGGCCCACGCCUACAAAGCGGCCAAUCUUUUGGAGCAAUGCGUUGUCAAGCUGAUGCACCGCUUCUGGUCAAAACCAACUGAUACUGUAUCAUUUAAUCGCCUGUUAUAACCAAGAGCACAGGCCAGUCUGAGUAGAGUUUGCAAUUGCAAGUUCUCAGAGGCUGUGUGACAGAGAGGGAAAAUGGAGCACAGCUUUGCGACAGCCAUGUUUGCAGCCAGUGGCGUGUAUUCAUGGAUGCCUAGGGAAGCCAGGCUUCCCCAAAAUAUUUACCAAGAAAAAAAGAGAAAAACAUCAAAUAAUGUAUCUUUUGUCUCCCUGUUUCAUAAUAUUCCUUCAAUUCGCAAGAGGCUGAAUGUAUCUCACUGGAGAAAGCAUCCGAGGGAGCUAAACAGCGCCCCUCUGUCUCAGUAUGUGUAGCCCAUUUAUCUGAUGCUGUCUGGUCAUAAAGAACAUGCCAUUGUUGCCGCCCGUAGCAUUGAAUGCAAGGGAAGCCAGCGAGCAUUUGGCCUCCCUUGAUACAAUAUUUAAAUAAUAAAAGCCAAUGAGUAAGCUCAACUGUGAAUGGUCCUGGCAUACCAAAAGAAAGUGUCAAGGGAAGCCAGUUUGAAUUGGGCUUCACACCAGUCACAUCAAAAGCAAAAUGUAAAUGACAGAACUUUAAUUGUUGCAUCUAGUUGUGUUGUUGUCCUCCGGUGGCUAGCUAGCUAGCUAAAAUCGUCCCUUUCCUAAAUUAGCCAUGGAUGGAGAUAGGAGUCUGGUUUUACUUAAUUCUCCGUACUGGCCAAUGAUUAUAACGGUGAUUAUGAUCUAACCAUAAAUUCAUACAGUGGGGAAAAAAAGUAUUUAGUCAGCCACCAAUUGUGCAAGUUCUCCCACUUAAAAAGAUGAGAGACGCCUGUAAUUUUCAUCAUAGGUACACGUCAACUAUGACAGACAAAAUGAGGAAAAAAAAUCCGGAAAAUCACAUUGUAGGAUUUGUAAUGAAUUUAUUAGCAAAUUAUGGUGGAAAAUAAGUAUUUGGUCAAUAACAAAAGUUUCUCAAUACUUUGUUAUAUACCCUUUGUUGGCAAUGACACAGGUCAAACGUUUUCUGUAAGUCUUCACAAGGUUUUCACACACUGUUGCUGGUAUUUUGGCCCAUUCCUCCAUGCAGAUCUCCUCUAGAGCAGUGAUGUUUUGGGGCUGUCGCUGGGCAACACGGACUUUCAACUCCCUCCAAAGAUUUUCUAUGGGGUUGAGAUCUGGAGACUGGCUAGGCCACUCCAGGACCUUGAAAUGCUUCUUACGAAGCCACUCCUUCGUUGCCCGGGCGGUGUGUUUGGGAUCAUUGUAAUGCUGAAAGACCCAGCCACGUUUCAUCUUCAAUGCCCUUGCUGAUGGAAGGAGGUUUUCACUCAAAAUCUCACGAUACAUGGCCCCAUUUAUUAUUUCCUUUACACGGAUCAGUCGUACUGGUCCCUUUGCAGAAAAACAGCCCCAAAGCAUGAUGUUUCCACCCCCAUGCUUCACAGUAGGUACGGUGUUCUUUGGAUGCAACUCAGCAUUCUUUGUCCUCCAAACACGACGAGUUGAGUUUUUACCAAAAAGUUCUAUUUUGGUUUCAUCUGACCAUAUGAUAUUCUCCCAAUCCUCUUCUGGAUCACCCAAAUGCACUCUAGCAAACUUCAGACGGGCCUGGACAUGUACUGGCUUAAGCAGGGGGACACGUCUGGCACUGCAGGAUUUGAGUCCCUGGCGGCGUAGUGUGUUACUGAUGGUAGGCUUUGUUACUUUGGUCCCAGCUCUCUGCAGGUCAUUCACUAGGUCCCCCCGUGUGGUUCUGGGAUUUUUGCUCACCGUUCUUGUGAUCAUUUUGACCCCACGGGGUGAGAUCUUGCGUGGAGCCCCAGAUCGAGGGAGAUUAUCAGUGGUCUUGUAUGUCUUCCAUUUCCUAAUAAUUGCUCCCACAGUUGAUUUCUUCAAACCAAGCUGCUUACCUAUUGCAGAUUCAGUCUUCCCAGCCUGGUGCAGGUCUACCAUUUUGUUUCUGGUGUCCUUUGACAGCUCUUUGGUCUUGGCCAUAGUGGAGUUUGGAGUGUGACUGUUUGAGGUUGUGGACAGGUGUCUUUUAUACUGAUAACAAGUUCAAACAGGUGCCAUUAAUACAGGUAACGAGUGGAGGACAGAGGAGCCUCUUAAAGAAGAAGUUACAGGUCUGUGAGAGCCAGAAAUCUUGCUUGUUUGUAGGUGACCAAAUACUUAUUUUCCACCAUAAUUUGCAAAUAAAUUCAUUAAAAAUCCUACAAUGUGAUUUUCUGGGAAAAAAAUUCUCAAUUUGUCUGUCAUAGUUGACGUGUACCUAUGAUAAAAAUUACAGGCCUCUCUCAUCUUUUUAGGUGGGAGAACUUGCACAGUUGGUGGCUGACUAAAUACUUUUUUUCCCCACUGUACAUUGUGCCCCUGGCCUGAGAUGAUGGAAUUUCAAUAUGUAGCCAGAUGUAGUAGGCUAAUGUUAACUAGCUGGCCUGGCGCAUUAUUGCACAUGAAAGGAAGUUUGGCUAGCAGGCAAGCAUUUUAGCCAGGUAGACUAGGGCAACAAAAACUAAAAGUUUUAAGUCAUAGACCAUUUCGGCAACAUGAAAGAGAGGAAGAUGGCAUUAGUAUUUCUCUACACGUAGGGUGAGUCGACAUGUUUUUUCUACUUGCACGCUCGCACGCACACACAGAAAUGGUGCUGGAAUAGGGGAGGCAGCUCCUGUUUUCUUUGCAACUUGCGGUAACUCUCCAUUGUUCUCAAUCAAUAGUUGUUUAGUAGUCCGAAAAUGUUGGAAACAUUAACUUGCUUGACCAUGCUGUAGGUCAUGUAACUGCAGUGGCGAUUUUAGCCUGUAAAUCUUGGUGGGACAAACUCCCACAUUUAUUUUUUGAUGCAUGCUAGCAAAGCCACUACACAACACGAAACAAUAAAUUAAUUGCACUAUAACGGUGACAAACGGUGCCCACAAACUGUUAGGGCCUACAUAAAGCUGUCCCAACAGCAGAGCUUUCUUUUCAGCACCAUGGAGUGAAUCCUUACCACUGCUACACCUGGCUAUCAGCAGAGUCUUGUCUGGCAGCGAAACAGUUAAUUCAGCGUAAUUUACUGCCUUUUCAAAAAACAUAGCUGAUAUGGCUGACUUGCUUAAGUAAAUGUGGUUUCUACUGACAAUUGAGAUGUACAAACUAUGGCAUAAGGGGACGACGAGCGGAUAAGAGGCUAUCCGUAAUUUUGAUUAAGACAUUAAUGAGCGCGCUACGAUGGACGUAGUCAAUAUAACUUUGUUCAGCACUUUUUAAAUGUACAGCGACAGAAUUCAGAACAUGAUCCAUUCUUACAGUAUUCUCCCUGUACACCAAGUCAGAACCGUGGGAUAAAUAAAGGGGGCAUAUAAGCAGACAAUGAAAGCUCUUACAAUAUUUGAUUAUUACAUUUCUCUAAAACAGGCUAUAGGCUACAUGUGCACCACCAAGUCAGAACAGUAGGCUAGAUUAUGAGGGGGAAAGGGACCACAUUAUUAGGGUGAAGCACAUGGGCUACUAACAGCUUACUACACAACAUACACUUAGUAAUACUUUCUUAGCUACAGUAAACAUAUCUCCCUGGCAUGUUACAUCAUUUAUGCAGUUCAAGACAUUUUUGGACUCACCUUGUUGUGCUGUGCUUUUUCGAGUUCCCAGUUGUCUUGAACUCACUGAAGUUUGAGAUUUCCCAGUUCCGAGUUUCCAGUUGUUUUGAACGCGGCUGAAGUCAUGCUGAAUAGCAGGCUAGUGAUUACUUCGCAACGCUUGCAGUUAGCCACUGAUUCCUUCCAACCCACUCAUUGUUGAAUUUGCGAUUUCCAACUUGUUGUGAGCACCAAUCAUUUCUCUUCAUAUGACAAGGAUUGAAAAGGAUUUCCCAGUAGAUUGUCGACGUGAUUCAUGAUGAUGACUGCUUGUCUAGCUUGCUAGCUAAGAUUUUGAAAGUGUGAUGUUGACAUGAUCAGUCCAAUCAAAGCUACGGUAGAUAUAACGUGAUUUGACAUCAUUUUAUCAGUUGCCAAUGACCUUGAGCCUUCUUGGAUGGGCACUUCUAAUGUAACUCUAUGGCAGUACCCAAGGGGCUUGAGUUUUCGAGCUCUACCCUUAGAUUUUGCGGUGACGUAGUGUCCCCAUGAGUGACCGAACACUGAGCCAAUCACGGCGCAACUAGAGAACAUUACCAACCCCUACUCUCUGUAUUUUCCGCUGGCUGCCCCACCACCACAGAAAGCACUGAGCUAGGCUGAAACACCUACAUUUAGGAGCUGCCUAACUCAAGAAAGCAAAAAAGAGACCAUGUUUGAAUGCGGCUUUAUUAACUCAAUGAUUUUUUUGUUUACAUUGUUAGCAAACUGAUGUGACAAGUAUUAAUGGCAAAAUAACAUGCAAAACAGGCAACAAAAAAUAAUAAUAUACUCAUUCAAGGGUUUUUCUUUAUUUUUUACUAUUUUUUACAUUGUAGAAUAAUAGUGAAGACAUCAAAACUAUGAAAUAUGGAAUCUUGUAGUAACCAAAACAGUGUAAAAUAGCUCUUACACAGCCUGGAGGUGUGUUGGGUCAUUGUCCUGUUGAAAAACAAAUGAUAGUCCCACUAAGCCCAAACCAGAUGGGAUGGCGUAUCGCUGCAGAAUGCUAUGGUAGCCAUGCUGGUUAAGUGUGCCUUGAAUUAUAAAUAAAUCACAGACACUGUCACCAGCAAAGCACCCCCACACCAUAACACCUCCUCCAUGCUUUACGGUGGGAACUACACAUGCGCAGAUCAUCCGUUCACCCACACCGCGUCUCACAAAGACACGGCGGUUUGAAACAAAAAUCUCAAAUUUGGACUCAUAAGACCAAAGGACAAAUUUCCGCCGGUCUAAUGUCCAUUGCUCGUGUUUCUUGGCCCAAGCAGGUCUCUUCUUCUUAUUGGUGUCCUUUAAUAGUGGUUUCUUUGCAGCAAUUCGACCAUGAAGGCCUGAUUCACGCAGUCUCCUCUGAACAGUUGAUGUUGAGAUGUGUCUGUUACUUGAAGUCUGUGAAGCAUUUAUUUGGACUGCAAUUUCUGAGGCUGGUAACUCUAAUGAACUUAUCCUCUGCAGCAGAGGUAACUCCGGGUCUUCCAUUCCUGUGGCGGUCCUCAUGAGAGACAGUUUCAUCAUAACGCUUGAUAGUUUUUGCGACUGCACUUGAAGAAACUUUCAAAGUUCUUGAAAUGUUCUGUAUUGACUGACCUUCAUGUCUUAAAGUAAUGAUGGACUGUCGUUUCUAGCUUAUUUGAGCUGUUCUUGCCAUAAUAUGGACUUGGUCUUUUACCAAAUAGGGCUAUCUUCUGUACACCACCACUACCUUGUCACAACACAACUGAUUGGCUCAAACGCAUUAAGAAGGAAAGAAAUUCCACAUAUUAACUUUUAUGAGGGCACACCUGUUAAUUGAAAUGCAUUCCAGGUGACUACCUCAUGAAGCUGGUUGAGAGAAUGCCAAGAGUGUGCAAAGCUGUCAUCAAGGCAAAGGGUGGCUAUUUGAAGAAUGUCAAAUAUAAAAUAUAUUUUGAUUUGUUUAACACUUUUGGUUUCUACAUGAUUCCAUAUGUGUUAUUUCAUAGUUUUGUUGUCUUCACUAUUAUUCUACAAUGUUAAAAAUAGUAAAAAAUAAAGAUAAACCCUUGAAUGAGUAGGUGUGUCCAAACUUUUGACUGGUAGUGUAAUAUAUAGUUUUUUUGUUAAUCAGGUGGGACUCAAAACAGGUGGGGCUACACCUGGUCUGAAUGACGGGUCGCCACUGUGUAACUGUUUGUUACAUGCAAUAUGCUUUGUGGACUUCACCGGACAGAUGUUUCUCUCCAGUUUUGUGAUGAAACAAAGGUGCGGUUGAAUUUAUUCUGCCACUGUGUCUUCUUAUUGUCUCGGCCUUAGGCCUUUAUAUCAUGGUGGCAAGGCAUAUGAACCUACCGGUUAUAGAGCAAACAACGCAGAACACAUAGGUUGUAAUAUGGCUUUUUUUCUGGCGUGGCUUCCCCAGUGAUUUUACCCAUGCACCACUACUGCUUGUAGCUUUACAGCAAAGAAAACAGCUUGUCUAUAGCUCAAACGGUUAAAGAAAUAUGACCCAUAUUACCAGAGCUACCUUUUUUUCUUCCUGCACGAUUUCGCAUGCAUUUGAUAUAAUUUCACAAACCAUGUCACAGCCGUUUUAAACUAAUCCCGUUGUUCAGUCAUGUUACCUAGCUAGCUAACAACCUGGUAACUGGACAGUAGGUCUAGGCUAAUUUGAUUUGGCACAGGAAGAAAGGAAAAGGGUCUGCUACUCAUGAGAUGUGCGUCAAAAGGUAGGAUUCAUAUAGGCCUAAUGUAAGCCUAAACUAUUUCAAAUAUCUAUCUCUUUCUGGUGCUCCUUAAAUUCUGUUUGGUGCCUAACGUUUUAAAUGUUUGGAGCAGUGUAUGUAUUUGUUUUUGGGAGAGAGAGAGAGAGAGAGAGAGAGAGAGAGAGAGAGAGAGAGAGAGAGAGAGAGAGUGGGGUGUUUAUGGGAGUGGGAGACAAAGAGAGUGGGGUGUUUAUGGGAGAGGGAGACAAAGAGAGUGUGUGAAGGAGGGAGGGAGAGUGUGUGUCUGAGUGUUAACUGAAGAGUAAAGAAGGUUUCAUGCAGUGUUUUCCCCAAUGACAUGCAGAUCAUGUGGUCCUCUGUAGCUCAGCUGGUAGAGCACGGCGCUUGUAACGCCAAGGUAGUGGGUUCGAUCCCCGGGACCACCCAUACACAAAAAAAAUGUAUGCACGCAUGACUGUAAGUCGCUUUGGAUAAAAGCGUCUGCUAAAUGGCAUAUUAUUAUUAUUAUUAUUAUUAUUAUCAUUAUGCAUGUAUAUUCCUUUCUCCCAUUCCUCCAGCCACAUCAGAGGUAGGCCUUUGCAAAUAUGAGCAAAUCAGACAUUUCAAUGCAGUAUUCUAUUAUACAGUGAAAAGUGUGAAGUUAAUUCAGUAUGUGUUGUAUUGAGUAGAAGUGUGAAUAUCAGUGAACAUACGGAUAACGUUUAGAAAAAGAGAACAAGUGUCCGGGGGACGGGGCGAACAUGAUGCUACGCCACUGAGCAUUUUCUCCCGCGGUAUCGCGAUACUACUUGGUAUCGUGAUGCUUGGCCUGGUAUCGUAUCGUUAGUAAAAUGUUGGUAUCGUGACAACACUAGUCUCUCCAGGUCGGUGCCUCUCUUACUGACUUAGUGAUGUGAGGAAAAGCACUCUGGUCAGUUUUGCCAUUUUAAUCAUGACCGCCAGGUUGUCAGCACUCAGCGUGAACUUUGGCCUUCCCCUUAAGCCUGCAUCUUAGCUCAAAUGACGCUAAGAUCACUUCAUGCGCCAAUACUGUGUCCAACUCUAAUCCAUUGGGCAUGCAAAAACAGAAAUGAGAGGGUAAAGAGAGAGGGGUGGAGAGGGAGAGUAAGAAAGAGAGGGGCUGGCAGCGGAGAGAGACAGGAAGAUUACACAUACUCCAUCCCCGACCGUGGGGGUUCACUGAUUCACACCCACGGGGCACUGGCUCACAGAUGGCCCAGUUGGCAGGCUGGCAGCUCCCAGCUCUACUCCCAGUCCUGUCCUCCAUAGUACAUCUAGGCCUCAUUACCUCACCACCACCGUCACUGGCACUGCAGAGGUCCAAAGAACACCAACACUUACCGUGUGCAUUGUCGGUUAAGUACAAGCAACCCGAAUGUCGGUUUCUUGCAGAUGCAUUUGUUAAUGGACUGUUAGUGUUGUAACAAUCACCAUAUGUGUGUGUUUGGCCACUGUUAAAGCUGUAAUAACUUGUCCAUUCUCUGUGGGUUAUUGUUCAUGUGAGCCGUUUUGUUGGUUGGAAUUAGAAAUGCGCUAGCCUCGAUAAUUUAUGCGUCACCCCUCAGUCAGAAUACAAUGCACAUCAGUAUCAGACGGUUUUGAAUAUGAGGUUAGCUUUCCAAAAGCACAUAGCUAGAAUGUUUUCUACUGUAACAGAAAACGAUUAACACAACUAAAGGGCUUGCCUUUAGGGGUGGGGUGGGCUUGUCCUUGAAGGAAUGAAGUGAUGCUCUACAUUUGUCUUUGUUUUUCUCAAUAAUAUGAUCCUAGGAGAGGGAUGUCAUGCACUGUUGUAAAACGUGAUAACUGACAAACGUAUGUUCUGCAGAGGGAACAGUGGGCCGGAACAUAAUUACAAAUAAUUAGUGGUAAUACGUUGGAAUAAUUAAAUUAAAAUCACUUGGAAACUGAUUUGCUGGUGUUUAAGUGUUUUAUGUCCAACAACAACAACAAAAAAGUGUGGGGUUUUUUGCUCAGAAAACUUGUGUGGUUGGGGGGGGGGCAAAUAAAAUCAGUUGGGGAACCCUGGCGUAGAGGAUCUCGUCUGAUAACCUGUAGUAGAAAGGGAAAGGGGGAUACCUAGUCAGUUGUACUUCCUGGACCUGUGUGUGCUUUGUUACUCACUCUCUCUCCCCCGCUCUCUCACACUCACUCACUCACUCACACGUUCUGGGUCCAGCUGUGUGUUAACGGCUGUUUGUGAACUGUGUCAGUAGCGAGAGGGAUGCGGUGUUAAUUGGGGCGGGUCAGAGGAAAGGACCAGUGUGUCUAAUCUCCUCCAGUGGCAGGCGAAGGCUAACGAUGGAGCUCUCUGCCUUAGACUGUGGCUAUUAGCGCUCUGAGUAACGCCUUCAUCAGCCACGCCCCUCCAUCCCUAUCUCUCUCACUCUCUUUUCCCUGCAGCUUAAGCCUCCAGAAUUUCUGUAUGCAUGAGUUAAAUGUACAGGUCAUCUAUGUUCACCAUUCAGGCAACCUUAUAGGCUAUUCAUUAGGAUUUUACCUAAAUCCCAUCCAUAACCUCAUCUUAUUUCUUGUAUUUUGUCAAAUAGAGCAACGUUGCCUGUCAGAUCAUGAUGAACUGAUGAUCUAUCUGCUAAAUGGCAUAUUAUUAUUAUUAUUAUCUAUCUGAGACAAUACUGAAAUCUAAAAGAUGAGCAUGUAAAAAAAAACGUUUCACUGCAUCUUGGUAGUCGUUUUUGAAGCUCCUAGUUGUUUGUUGUUGCUUCUUUUCACACCUUUGAGAGGAGCAGGACAUGUACAUGGGGCUCAUUAAUUGAAUUUUAAAGUGACUUUGUUGGGGUAUCUUUUUUCCCCACCUCAAGGUCGCUCCAGUGGACCGGAACGCCCGGGCCAGGGGCGGUAUGUAAGGGGAGCGGGGCAGGUUGGCACCGCUCCAUGUGUGGAAUAUUGACAGGAUAUCCUCUGACUAGCUUAAUGCUGAGGAGGAGAGAAUCUCCAGGCGCUGAGGUCAGGGCAGGGAGUAGUGUUGCCACCUAUUUUUCAGUGACAAUCGCUAUUGGCUCCUUGAUUUGUCGCUAGAUGACGUUUUGCCGUUGCUGCGACGACGUGACAGCACCAAUUUGCUUUGCUGCGGUCCCCGACGAAUUUGUCGCUAUACUCUUUUACCAAUACAUCUCACUGGAGUGGUCUGAAAACUUGCGAAGUAUAGCGACAAAGUCGCUAAAUUGGCAACACUGGCAGGGAAACCAACAAACAUGGCCGUCAUCAAAAGAUAACCAGCCUCAGCAAGCCCUCACCAAGCAGGAUCAGGUAGCAGACUGACUGGUAGCCAGAUGGGCAAAUAAGUCAUGUUUUGGUGGUUCAAUAUUUUCAUUCCUACUGAUUGAAAUGGAGACCUAAAAUAGUGGAGGGGUUUCCACCAUAAAUUGAAAUUUGUCCAAGUGAUCCCUCUCACACUGUUAUUUCACCAGUUCAAAGAAAGAACUGAAUCACCUUCAACAAUUCCUUCCCCCUAGUGUCACACAGCGGCAUUGUUGGGUUUCAUGGAGUUUUUCUUCAGAACAAAUUAUUAACUGUCAAGAGGAAGGGGUAUUGGUGUUUUUCAACCAUUUGUCUCCCAGAGCCACACAACUUCAUAAACCUCGACAUCAUUCCUUGUGGUGACAUAUCAGUGGGCUAUAGUUUUGGAUCUUGAAUUAUGAGCCUCUCUGUGUCUGUGACAUGUGUUAUGCGGAUAUAGCACGUGAAAACUGCAGAGCCUUUUAUUGCAAGGCCGACUUUCUUCUUUCUCUCACUCUUUUUUUUUUCGCCAUCUCAGCGUGUCGGCUCCCUUUUCAUCUCACAGGACCAGUCACAUCCAGCCCCACUUCUUGGUUGGAACCUUUUACUUUUUAAUCGUGUCUCCAAUUUGUUGUGUGCUCUCCUCUCUACUAUAUGUGCUCGGCUGCCCACUCUCUUGCUAAAUAAAACGGCCCACCAUCUGUGAGCCUAUGCUGCAGCCAUGGACAGAAAUGCACUUUCACUUUUCCUAAUGAACCACACUAGGCCUGCUCAUCGGUUCCCAAGGUGUAGCUCUGCGCUACCCACUGGGUAAAGGGCUACUGGAGCCCUGCCAGGGCCAUACUUUUAGUCUGGGUAUCAGGAAAGCACUUUGGAAACAUAAAGUACAGCCGACUAGGUAGUCAGCUAGUCUCAUUUGUAGUUAUUUCAAACAAGUUUGAAACCUUCAGAAAAGAUGCAGUGGAGAAGACCUGAGUGUAGAGAGAAGUCUUAGACUCUAUGAUUGUGCUGACCAUUGUGGUUGUGAAUAUGUCAGACAUAAUCUGUCAACAGUUGUUAAGGAAGGAGACCUGUAGAUCAAUUACUUGUAUAAGUGUACAUGCACCUAUGCGUCUGUGUGUGAGCGUACUGCUUUCUUCUGACCCAUUUCACUGGAUAGACACAGAGCCUGAAGCAGAUGGUCGGUAUUUUAGCGCCUCAUUCGUGUAGGCUAUUUAGUACUGUAGAGCUCCAAACACCCUCUCUGUUUGUAUCUCCACAUAGAGACAAAGCAUCUAGGAGUAGAACAGUGCACUAUGUGAAAGGUGAUGCACAACCUGCUCCCCCAAAUUGAUUAACUGAGACUUUUUUUCUUAAAUUUGGCACACUCGCUAGGAAUUACAACUGCUGCAACAAGUUGUCUAAAGUGGAACUGGGUCUACAUUCCAUGACAUCUGUCCCAUGGAUACCAUUAUAUUCAUUUGGGACAGGAGAAAUCGGCAGGUCUCAAAUGAGAGAUUCAUUUAUUACUUUAAUAUAGUAAGUAAUAAGUAGCCUUGCGCUUUACUUUACUUUAAUAUACGGUGCAUUCGGAAAGUAUUCAGACCCCUUCACUUUUUCUACAUUUUGUUAUGUUACAGCCUUAUUCUACAAUGGAUUAAAUACAUAUUUUUUCUCUACACACAAUACCCCGUAAUAACAAAGCGAAAACAGGUGUUUGGAGAUUUUUUUUUUAUUUACCUAAGUAUUCAGACCCUUUGCUAUAAGACUCGGAACUGAGCUCAGAUGCAUCCUGUUUCCAUUGAUCAUCCUUGAGAUGUUUCUACAACUUGAUUGGAGUCCACCUGUGUUGAUUGGACAUGAUUUGGAAAAGCACACACCUGUCUAUAUAAGGUCCCACAGUUGACAGUGCAUGUCAGAGAAGAAACCAAGCCAUGAGGUCAAAGGAAUUGUCCGUAGAGCUCCGAGACAGGAUGGUGUCGUGGCACAGAUCUGGGGAAGGGUACAAAAAACGUUCUGCAGCAUUGAAGGUCCCCAAGAACACAGAGGCUUCCCAUCAUUCUUUUAAAUGGAAGAAGUUUGGAACCACCAAGACUCUUCCUAGAGCUGGCUGCCCGGCCAAGUUGAGCAGUCGGGGGAGAAGGGCCAUUGGCAGUGAGGUAACCAAGAUCCCGAUGAUCACUCUGACAGAGCUCUAGAGUUCCUCUGUGGAGAUGGGAGAACCUUCCAGAAGGACAACCAUCUCUGCAGCACUCCACCAAUAAGGGCUUUAUGGUAGAGUGGCCAGAUGGAAGCCACUGCUCAGUAAAAGGCACAUGACAGCCCGUUUGCCAAAAGGCACCUAAAGGACUCUCAGACCAUGAGAAACAAGAUUCUCUGGUCUGAUGAAACAAAGAUUGAAGUCUUUGGCCUGAAUGCCAAGCGUCACGUCUGGCGGAAAUCUGGCACCAUCCCUAUGGUGAAGCAUUGUGGUGGCAGCAUCAUGCUGUGGGGAUGUUUUUCAGCUGCAGGGACUGGGUGAUCCUGUCAGGAUCGAGGGAAAGAUGAACGGAGUAAAGUGUAAAGAGAGAUCCUUGAUGAUAACCUGCUCCAGAGUGCUCAGGACCUCAGACUGGGGCAAAGGUUCACCUACCAACAGGAGAGCGACCAUGUCUCUGAAUGUCCUUGUUUGGCCCAGCCAGAGCCCGGACUUGAACCCGAUCGAACAUCUCUGGAGAGACCUGAAAAUAGUUGUGCAGCGACGCUCCCCAUCCAACCUGACAGAGCUUGAGAGGAUCUUGGGAGAAGAAUGGGAGAAUCUCGCCAAAUACAGGUAUGCCAAGCUUGUAGUGUCAUACACAAGAAGACUCGAGGCUGUAAUCGCUGCAAAGUACUGAGUAAAGGGUCUGAAUACAUAUGUAAAUGUGAUAUUUCCGUUUUUGAUUUGUAAUAAAUGUGGCCAAAACUUUUUUGCCUGUUUUUGCUUCGUCAUUAUGGAGAAUAAUGUGUAGCUUGAUGAGGGAAAAAACUAUUGAAUCAAUUUUAAAAUACGGCUGUAACGUAACAAAAUGUGGAAAAAGUCAAGGGGUCUGAAUACUUUCCGAAUGAAAUCAAAUUUGUCACAUGCGCCGAAUACAACAGGUGUAGACCUUACAGUGAAAUGCUUGCUUACAAGCCCUUAACCAACAAUGCAGUUUUAAGAAAAAUAAGUGUUAAGCAAAAAAUAAAUAAGUAAAAAAUUAACAUAAAAAUUUAUUAAAGAGCAGCAGUAAAUUAAUGGUUGCGAGGCUAUAUACAGGGGGUACCGGUACAGAGUCAAUGUGCAGGAGCACAGGUUAGUCUAGGUAAUUUAGGUAAUAUGUGAAUGUAGGUAGAGUUAACGUGACUAUGCAUAGAUAAUAAACAGAGAGACGCAUCAGUGUAAAAGGGGGGGGGGGGGGGGGGGGGGGGGGGGGGGGGGGGAACAAUGCAAAUAGUCCUGGUAGCCAUUUGAUUAGCUGUUCAGGAGUCUUAUGUCUUGGGGGUAGAAGCUGUUAAGAAGCCGUUUGGACCUAGACUUGGCGCUCCGGUACUGCUUGCCAUGCGGAAGCAGAGAGAACAGUCUAUGACUAGGGUGGCUGGAGUCUUUGACAAUUUUUAGGGCCUUCCUCUGACACGCCUGGUAUAGAGGUCCUGGAUGACAGGAAGCUUGUAGAAUGCACUGUAGUUGAUGUCAAUUCACCAUGGAAAAGAAAACCCUGUUGAAUUCAGUUGUUUACAGAACCAUUUACAGGACCGUUACAAUCAAGUUGAUUUAAGACAUUAUCUGUUUAGGAUUAGAAACUUGAUUCGCUCAUAAACUGGAAAACAGGAAUUGUUUUAGUGUGUACGGGAGACUAGGGGCAAUUUUACUUUUUUUUGUAUUUUACUCUGUUGCUCAGAGACCACUUGAACUAGGCCGGUCAUUUUUAUAUAUAAGAAACGUACAUCUGUCUCCUAACCAUUCAUACCAUUUCUAGUUCUGUACAUAUGACGUCGGAUCACAAUAUUGAUUUUAAUCUGAAAAAGUCUGGAUGUUACAUUUGCCCCCGUGCCAGGGGCAAUUGUAACAGUAGCUGCGGCCAAAUGUAACACCUAAAAAAUAAACCAAAUAUACUCACUUAACUUAAAAAAACAUUCAUGUUUAUGAAUUAACAUAUGUAGUUAAGUGAGUUUGACUUCAUAGACCAUACAGUGCCUUCAGAAAGUAUUCACACCCCUUGACCUUUUCCACAAUCUGAAUUUAAAAUCGAUUCAAUUGAGAAUUUUUAUCGCUGGCUCACACACAAUACCCCAUAAUGUCAAAGUGGAAUUAUGUUUUUACAAAUGUUUACAAAAUAAUAAAAACCUCCCUGGUCUUUGUGGUUUAAUCUGUGUUUGAAAUUCACUGCUCGACUCGGGGACCUUACAGAUAAUUGUAUGUGUGGGGUACAGAGAUGAAGUAGUCAUUCAAAACUCAUGUUAAACACUAUUAUUGCACACAGAGUGAGUCCAUGCAACUUAAUUUGUGACUUGUUAAGCAAAUGUGUACUCCUGAACUUAUUUAGGCUUGCCAUAACAAAGGGGUUGAAUACUUAUUGACUCAAGACAUUUCAGCUUUUCAUUUUUAAUUAAUUUGUAAAUAUUUCAAAAAACAUAAUUCCACUUUGACAUUAUGGGGUAUUGUGUGUAGGCCAGUGACCAAACAUCUAAUUUUAAUCCAUUUUAAAUUCAGGCUGUAACAACAAAAUGUAGAAAAAGUCAAGGGGUGUGAAUACUUUAGUGAUACAAUUAUGCUAAUUCGAAUUAUUGGACAUUAAUGGUCAGGACAGUAUAAAAAAAAUAUACAGCCGGUGGAAAAAACUACUUUUGACUGAAACAUUUCAAGCAGGGGGAACCUAAAUGGGCAUGUACUGAAUGAGUUUAAUCACUGAAGCUUGUUUCUGUUUGGAGAAAUUCAAGGUUUUACAAUUGCCCCCUGCCCCUGGUCUCCCCUUUUCCCAUGGUACAGUCCGUACCGGGCCAAUGAAUUGAAGUGUUGAUGGAGUGAAAUGUUAUUCUUAGCUUCUUAUUGACUUGUGAGUUACGAAAUCAUCUGACAAAACGUUGUUGUCAAUUACCAACUUUUUCUUGCCGAGUAGGCCUAAUAGAGAAAUACUGAAAAGGCUACAAAAAAGGCUACUAAAAUUACUGAAAAGUUUACUAAAAAGGAGGAUUGAUUUGGAUUUGUUGUAGCUGAAGAGAUUGGUGACUGUUUGUCAGGCAUGGGAGAUGGAAGCCUGUCCGGGUGCUUUAGUCAGUCAGUCAGUCUGUGGACGAGCCUCAUUGCCUGGCCCGGCCUGAGCAGAGCAGAGCAGAGAACUAUAAAAGGCCUGUCGUCAGUAAUGGAUUCUCCCUUUGAGCACCUGUCUUGCUGAGGAGCGAGCGGGCUGCCGGAGAGACAUGGCAGCCUUUGAGCCUUCCUGACACUCCUGAAUUUAAUAAGCGCAACCGCUAAAGAAGGGGAAAUGUUUGUUGCUGAGGCACCCUAAUGAAAUAUGAUUGGAUGUGGCUGCAUUUUCUUGACAUGUUUAAUCACAUCUAAUACCCACUCCUCCGUUGAACUUAAAAGGGCCGUCCAGGUCUGCGGUGUUCAAAGUGUAUUUUGGUGUCAUCUCUCUGAAGGUCUUUUGGAGAGACAGGUCUGUGUGUGCACUGCUCUUAGUAGUGGUUUUGGGUUGAUCGACAGUUUAACCUGACUAGAAGGGAUAGCCUACUUUGGCUGGCCAUGCAGGAAGACUUUCCUCUUCUUUUUCUGCAUGAGUAAAAGAGUCACUACCUAGUUAGCCUUGUACUGUUUUGUAACCAUCCCUAUCUUUUACUUGUCUGUGCUAACACACUUAACAGGAGGACGUUUCUUUCCUCUCUAAACUGCACUCGAUGUGUUCAGGCACUCCUCGAAAUGUGUUUGUCGAUCACCUUUCCAAUUAGCAGGCUUACAAGAGCUCUGAAAAUGACAAGCCUUUUAACGGAAGCCUCUUAGGCCAUCUAACCAACCGUCAUCUGCGGGGAACCAAAUACUAUUCAAUGGUGAUAUUUUCCUCAUUAAUGGAUUUAUUCAUUUAUGCAUGGAGGAUCGUUAGAUUCUCUGUCACCGGACUUAAAAAGUGUCCUUUUGUUUCUUCUUUUGGAGUGCAGAACAAUCCAUCAAGUCAAAUGCUUUUGAAGUGUUAGACAAUGCUGGGGGGUUUUCCUCUCCGCACAAAUUCAAAUACCAACCUCUUACUAUUCCUUCAUGAACUGAAACUCUGGUCAGCUUCCAUUGGAUUUAGAGCUAGAAAAACAUAUAACUGGUCAACUAUUUAAUAAGUAACGAUUUAACGAGACAUCUGAAAUGGCCAUUGCAGAUGUCUUGGUAGCACUUCAUUUUACGGUACUCUUUCCACACUGUUUGUCCGAUAUUAUCAGGAAAUUAUAUGGCAACAAAUAGAUAGGCUAGAACGCAAUUGGUAAAUUGUACCAAAGAAACAAAUAAGUAAUUCAUUGGUUAGCCUAUUACUGUGUAAUUCACAUUUUAACAUGUAGGCCUACCAUACAAGUUUGCAGACUUCAAAACCAUUUCUACACAAUGUUCUCAGUUUAGCGAAGCCUGAUGAAGACAAUUUACAGAGAAUGCUACACCAUUUUUGUGAAAAUGUAUUAUUUGUCUAAAAACAUGCAUUUUCCUUGAACUGUGUACUCAGACUAGGCUGUAGAUAUACUAUAUCAGCUCCCACAGACUCCCAGAAUCCCUACACAAUGUCCUCAGCUUAGCGAAGCCUGAUGAAGACACUUUAGAGUUGUGAACCUUUCACUAUUUUUAUGAAAAUACAUUAUUUGUAGAUAUAGCCUAAUAUCCAGGUAAAUAUCUGGUAAUGUACGUCAAAUAAACAGCCACCGAGUAUUAGUCUUUUUUUUAAAUUGUAUUUUGUAACCUGUAUCCUCCGUUGCCACAUCAUCUUUCUUGUCUCGCUAAGGCAUUGUUGCUCAGUUCAUGCAAUGUCAUACUGCUAAGUCUUCCAUUGAAUCCAACUGAUUUGGCUUGUUCAAAUGAGAGGGUUUCUCAGUCACCACCUCUUUCUCAUGUUUGAGUGGAGUCAUGAAAAGAGUUGAAGCCCUCCCAAACACUGUGCUCUCCCUGUCAGUCUGGGACAGUGUUCUCGCCGACCGAGCCGGAGCGCUGCCUGGGAUUAAUCAUUCAGACUGGGUAGAGCAGGUGAUAAGCACCGCUGUUUUGUUCUGGGGACGCUGCUGAUGUUUGAACAGAUUUGACAAAUAAAGAGGGGGCCUUCUUCCCCCUUUCCUCCCCCAUCUCUCUGGCUCCCCAUCUCUCCCUGUCUCCCCCUCUCUCUCUGUCUCCCCCUCUCUCUCUCUGUCUCCCCCCUCUCUCUCUCUGUCUCCCCCUCUCUCUGUCUCCCUCCUCUCCCUGUCUCCCCCUCUCUCUCUGUCUCCCCCUCUCUCUCUCUGUCUCCCCCUCUCUCUCUGUCUCCCCCCUCUCUCUGUCUCCCCCUCUCUCGCUGUCUCCCCCAUCUCUCUGUCUCCCCCUCUCUCUGUCUCCCCCAUCUCUCUGUCUCCCCCUUCUCUCUGUCUCCCCCCUCUCUCUGUCUCCCCCUCUCUCUCUGUCUCCCCCUCUCUCUCUGUCUCCCCCAUCUCUCUGUCUCCCCCCUCUCUCUGGCUCCCCAUCUCUCUGGCUCCCCAUCUCUCUCUGUCUCCCCCCAUCACUCUGUCUCCCCCCUCUCUCUGUCUCCCCAUCUCUCUGUCUCCCCCAUCUCUCUGUCUCCCCCUCUCUCUGUCUCCCCCAUCUCUCUGUCUCCCCCCCUCUCUCUGGCUCCCCAUCUCUCUGGCUCCCCAUCUCUCUCUGUCUCCCCCAUCACUCUGUCUCCCCCCUCUCUCUGUCUCCCUCAUCUCUCUGUCUACCCCAUCUCUCUGUCUCCCCCCCUCUCUCUCUGUCUCCCCCCCUCUCUCUGUCUCCCCCUCUCUCUCUCUGUCUCCCCCAGCUCUCUGUCUCCCCCUCUCUCUCUGUCUCCCCCCUCUCUCUCUGUCUCCCCCAUCUCCUUCAAAGAUCAAGGUCAAUGUCUAACACAGUCACACUUUGCAACUCAGUAAUUCUGUUUGUCAAGCGUGUGUCGGAUGAAAAGAGGUGUGUGCUCUUUUCCAAGGUUCAUUCACUGGAAAGGUUGCGUACAACAAGCCUAUUGGGCCAUCCAGUGUAGAGCACUAUAGGUUGUAGGUUAACCACCGCCUCAAGGGGAGAGGGAAGGGGAGAGAAGGCUAGCACAUUUCUUUGGCAUGGUGGUUGGUUAGGAGAGACUGAACAGGGCUGAAUUUGUCAUUGUCUUUUCCUCUCUGCUGUCUCUUCCUUUAGGUGACGUUGGGGAAAGUGCUGAAAACCAUCGUGGUGAUGAGAAGCCUGUUCAUAGACCGGACCAUCGUGAGAGGAUUCAACGAGAACGUGUAUUCCGAGGAUGGCAAGGUAUUGCUUUCAGGGUUAAAUGGGAGGUUUUUGCACAAACAACUGGAUUGAGUGGUACUGUGAUGGUGAGGUGCAACCCUCUCUCCAUUGCAAAAAUAUAAGUACGGUAUUACUUGACAUAAGAGGCGUCAUACUAGGCAUAUAUUAUCUGUACACAUCCAUGGAGACUUCAGUCCUCUUGAGAGUGUCCUGGGUACCAUGAAUGGGUCUUUCUGGGCUAUGUAUUCAGAGUAACCUCAUAUAGCCUCCUAUAGAACAGUUUUGUUAGAGGGCUGACUGUUUCCAGCUGCUAACGUAAGAGUAUGCAAUCCAGGGUCUGGACCUCCAAUCCUCAUUGUCAGUUUUCUGUUGGCACCGUUGAAUAAUUUAGAUGACCUCUUACUCUAUCGCUCUCUCACAUGAAAAGCUUGUGAAGGAUGGGAGACAUUGGCUUUCCUCUAUGAUUUCCCCUCUGUCAGAUUCAACAUUAGUCCAUCAUUCAUUUUGAAUAUGGUGUUUCGCUCUCACUCCGGGACUCUUUGAACUGACAUGAAUAUGAGGAGGCCAUCAAAGCCACAGAGAACCUUUAUCACUGUUAAUUAAACCAAUGAAAGGGAGACUUCUGAACCUCCUGCCAGAACAAUGUUGUCUGAUGUACUCAACUGUGUGUGUUCAUGCAUGUGUGUUUAUAAUUGAACUCUUACAUAUACUGCUACAACUAACCAGCUACUUUAUAGAGAUAAUCUGCUCCUUGGAAAAUGUUUUGUAGUCCAGACAUUCCCAAAGCGCCACAUAGGAUGACUUAGACACAACAGCAGCAGCCAGGGUUUGGUUUAGGAUGUCUUGCCUCGUCUGCUCCAUCCCCAUUUCUGCCAUUUUCUCCUCUAAUUAUCCUAUGGUAAGAAGCAGCAGGGGCCGCAAGCUGAGCCUCCUAGCGUACAGAAAGAGAGAGGGAAAAGGAGAAGGAAAACUGCAGUAUUAAAGGAGGGCUUCAAAGACUAUCUAAGGCAUCUCUUGGGUAAUUUGCGAUCCUGUAUUAUUCCCCCUUUAAAGGGUCUCUGUGUGUCGGGAGUGGGUAGAGGGACAGAGAGGGAUCGAAUCCAAUUUCUCGAAUAAAUGCUGACACCGGGCCUGUUUGAUAUUAGAUUCAGGGGAGCGUUUUGAUUUGUUAACGCCUUUGAAAGUGUUUGGACGACCUUCACACAAUCUCCUGCCCACCUCUCCCCGUUUACUGUAGGACCAUGCAAGCCAGAGGACAGUAGGGUGGCAAGAAGAGAGGAAUCAUUUGAACCAAAAAUAUAGACCUGAUCAAAUGAUCAACACACCAGAAUACAAUGCUAAUGAAUGGUAUCACGAAUACCAAGAGAAAGUUGAUGGCGUAGUCAGUCUUGAUGAUGACGACGACAACAUGUUUAAUCCAAUCCCAUUGUUCUGAACGCACCAAAGGAACACUUGGUGUGACUUGCAUCACAUACAACUGAAGAAAAUAAUGUGUAAUGGUUUGAAAAUGUAUGAAUAAUGGCAAUCAUUUCUCCUUUUCUCUCCUCAGCUGGAUAUCUGGUCGAAGUCAAACUAUCAAGUAUUUCAAAAGGUGAGACCCCAUCUUUAUGUGUUCACCACAGAGUGAGGUGCAAUGCCCACUUGGCAGACGCCAACCUGAGGAACUCAUUAAUAGUCACAUAGGUCUCCAUAUUGUGGUCCAGUCGGUCUCUCUCCCGUUGGACCACCUGUUGCUGUGUUCUUCUCUCACACUAGUCAAGCCCUGUCAUACCAAAAUAUACUCUGUUUCCUGUUGAAUUUCAUUUGAAACUAAAACCACUUUGCAUCAUAGUCAGUUCUGGCAAGCAUAUGGAGGUUAUGAGUCGUCCUCACUCCCCUCCCUCAUCAAAUCUCAACAGGCAGCCUAUGGGCAGCCAAAACGCCACACACACACACACCAGUGACGGCGAUGGAGCCAACAUUAAUAGAACGAGAACACACAAAUGUGUCUUUCAUAGAGAAUUCUCACUUGUACCUCCUGGCUGAUCAAAGCACAGUAUGUUUAUAAAAAAGAUAUGUAUAUUUUAGGGGGUAGAUCAGCUUUAAUAUUGCAGAUAGAUUGUGGCUUCCGUCAAUGUAAUUGUCUGCAUAAUUUCCAAUCCCCCAUAUAUUUUGGGGUAAAUAUAUACAGUACCAGUCAAAAGUUUGGACACACCUACUCAUUCCAGGGUUUUUCUUUAUUUUUACUAUUUUCUACAUUGUAUAAUAAUAGUGAAGACAUCAAACUAUGAAAUAACACAUAUGGAAUCAUGUAGUAACCAAAAAGGGGUUAAACAAAUCCAAAUAUAUUUUUUAGAUUUGAGAUUCUUCAAAGUAGCCACCCUUUGCCUUGAUGACAGCUUUGCACACUCUUGGCAUUCUCUCAACCAGCUUCAUGAGGUAGUCACCUGGAAUGCAUUUCAAUUAGCAGGUGUGCCUUGUUAAAAGUUAAUUUGUGGAAUUUCAUUCCUUCUUAAUGCGUUUGAGCCAAUCAGUAGGUAGGGGGGUAUACAGAAGAUAGCCCUAUUUGGUAAAAGACCAAGUCCAUAUUAUGGCAAGAACAGCUCAAAUAAGCAAAGAGAAACGACAGUCCAUCAUUACUUUAAGACAUGAAGGUCAGUCAAUACGGAACAUUUCAAGAACUUUGAAAGUUUCAUCAAAUGCAGUCACAAAAACCAUCAAGCGCUAUGAUGAAACUGGCUCAUAUGAGGACCGCCACAGGAAAGGAAGACCCAGAGUUACCUCUGUUGCGGAGGAUAAGUUCAUUAGAGUUACCAGCCUCAGAAAUUGCAGCCCAAAUAAAUUAUUUCACAGAGUUCAAGUCACAGACACAUCUCAACAUCAACUGUUCAGAGGGGACUGUGUGAAUCAGGCCUUCAUGGUCGAAUUGCUGCAAAGAAACCACUACUUGUAAAGGACACCAAUAAGAAGAAGAGACCUGCUUGGGCCAAGAAACACGAGCAAUGGACAUUAGACCGGUGGAAAUGUGUCCUUUGGUCUGGAGUCUAAAUUGGAGAUUGUUGGUUCCAACCGCCGUGUCUUUGUGAGACACGUUGUGGGUGAACGGAUGAUCUCCACAUGUGUAGUUCCCACCGUAAAGCAUGGAGGAGGUGGUGUUAUGGUGUGGGGGUGCUUUGUUGGUGACACCGUCUGUGAUUUAUUUAGAAUUCAAGGCACACUUAACCAUACCACAGCAUUCUGCAGCGAUACGCCAUCCCAUCUGGUUUGGGCUUAGUGGGACUAUCAUUUGAUUUUCAACAGGACAAUAACCCAACCCAUCUCCAGGCUGUGUAAGGGCUAUUUGACCAAGAAGGAGAGUGAUAGAGUGCUGCAUCAGAUGACCUGGCCUCCACAAUCCCCUGACCUCAACCCAAUUGAGAUGGUUUUGGAUGAGUCGGACGGCAGAGUGAAGGAAAAGCAGCCAACAAGUGCUCAGCAUAUGUGGGAACUCCUUCAAGACGGUUGGAAAAGCAUUCCAGGUGAAGCUGGUUGAGCGAAUGCCAAGAGUGUGCAAAGCUGUCAUCAAGGCAAAGGGUGGCUCUUUGAAGAAUCUCAAAUAUGUAAUAUAUUUUGAUUUGCUUAACACUUUUUUGGUUACUACAUGAUUCCAUAUGUGUUAUUUCAUAGUUUUGAUGGCUUCACUAUUAUUCUACAAUGUAGAAAAUAGUAAAAAUUAAGAAAAACCCUUGAAUGAGUAGGUGUGUCCAAACUUUUUACUGGUACUGUAUAUACAGUGGGGGAAAAAAGUAUUUAGUCAGCCACCAAUUGUGCAAGUUCUCCCACUUAAAAAGAUGAGAGGCCUGUAAUUUUAAUCAUAGGUACACGUCAACAAUGACAGACAAAAUGAGAAAAAAAAUUCCAGAAAAUCACAUUGUAGGAUUUUUAAUGAAUUUAUUUGCAAAUUAUGGUGGAAAAUAAGUAUUUGGUCAAUAACAAAAGUUUCUCAAUACUUUGUUAUAUACCCUUUGUUGGCAAUGACACAGGUCAAACGUUUUCUGUAAGUCUUCACAAGGUUUUCACACACUGUUGCUGGUAUUUUGGCCCAUUCCUCCAUGCAGAUCUCCUCUAGAGCAGUGAUGUUUUGGGGCUGUCGCUGGGCAACACAGACUUUCAACUCCCUCCAAAGAUUUUCUAUGAGGUUGAGAUCUGGAGACUGGCUAGGCCACUCCAGGACCUUGAAAUGCUUCUUACGAAGCCACUCCUUCGUUUCCCGGGCGGUGUGUUUGGGAUCAUUGUCAUGCUGAAAGACCCAGCCACGUUUCAUCUUCAAUGCCCUUGCUGAUGGAAGGAGGUUUUCACUCAAAAUCUCACGAUACAUGGCACCAUUCAUUAUUUCCUUUACACGGAUCAGUCGUCCUGGUCACUUUGCAGAAAAACAGCCCCAAAGCAUGAUGUUUCCACCCCCAUGCUUCACAGUAGGUAUGGUGUUCUUUGGAUGCAACUCAGCAUUCUUUGUCCUCCAAACACGACAAGUUGAGUUUUUACCAAAAAGUUAUAUUUUGGUUUCAUCUGACCAUAUGACAUUCUCCCAAUCCUCUUCUGGAUCAUCCAAAUGCACUCUAGCAAACUUCAGACGGGCCUGGACAUGUACUGGCUUAAGCAGGGGGACACGUCUGGCACUGCAGGAUUUGAGUCCCUGGCGGCGUAGUGUGUUACUGAUGGUAGGCUUUGUUACUUUGGUCCCAGCUCUCUGCAGGUCAUUCACUAGGGCCCCCCGUGUGGUUCUGGGAUUUGCUCACCGUUCUUGUGAUAAUUUUGACCCCACGGGGUGAGAUCUUGCGUGGAGCCCUAGAUCGAGGGAGAUUAUCAGUGGUCUUGUAUGUCUUCCAUUUCCUAAUAAUUGCUCCCACAGUUGAUUUCUUCAAACCAAGCUGCUUACCUAUUGUAGAUUCAGUCUUCCCAGCCUGGUGCAGGUCUACCAUUUUGUUUCUGGUGUCCUUUGAUAGCUCUUUGGUCUUGGCCAUAGUGGAGUUUGGAGUGUGACUGUUUGAGGUUGUGGACAGGUGUCUUUUAUACUGAUAACAAGUUCAAACAGGUGCCAUUAAUACAGGUAACGAGUGGAGGACAGGGGAGCCUCUUAAAGAAGAAGUUACAGGUCUGUGAGAGCCAGAAAUCUUGCUUGUUUGUAGGUGACCAAAUACUUAUUUUCCACCAUAAUUUGCAAAUAAAUUCAUUAAAAAUCCUACAAUGUGAUUUUCAGGAAUUUUUUUCUCAAUUUGUCUGUCAUAGUUGACGUGUACCUAUGAUGAAAAUUACAGGCCUCUCUCAUCUUUUUAAGUGGGAGAACUUGCACAAUUGGUGGCUGACUAAAUACUUUUUUCCCCCACUGUAUAUAAAAUAUAUAUUUUAUUUUAUUAUUUUCCCCAAACCCUACCAUCCCUCCCCUAAUUGGAGUAAACUAAUGGACAACAACUCUUAGGCUUCUACUUCCAGCUUUUAAAUGCUACAUACAUUUUACGGACACAGUAUAGUUUACAAUAGUUAUCUUUUGUUUGUUUUUAGUCCCAUUCUUCAGCUCCACUCAACCCCUCCAAUCUGUCUGUGAACACCAUCCAGUUUUGAUUUCUAUUUGCCAUAUAUUUUUCAACUGUACUGUGAUGUUUCACAAAAGUUCUGAACCUUUCUAUUUUCAUAGAUUCGACGUAUUGUAAAUUAAAGAUAAAACAUUUUGCUAAGAGUAUUAUUAUAUUGUUAAUCGAUUGACUAUGACUUUUUAAAUCACACAGCAGUGCUAUUUGCAAAGUUAGCUCCAGGUAAAUGUUGCAAUUCUUCAGCCAUUCCUGAACCUGCGACCAAAAACAAGCUACAUAUGGACAAUACCAAAACAAAUUAUCUAAUGAUUCAAUCUCUUUGCAGCAAAAUCUGCAAAGCUGGGAUGGUUGUAUCCCCCAUAUACACUGCUCAAAAAAAUUAAGGGAACACUUAUACAACACAAUGUAACUCCAAGUCAAUCACACUUCUGUGAAAUCAAACUGUCCACUUAGGAAGCAACACUGAUUAAUAAUAAAUGUAACAUGCUGUUGUGCAAAUGGAAUAGACAACAGGUGGAAAUUAUAGGCAAUUAGCAAGACAUCCCCAAUAAAGGACUGGUUUUGCAGGUGGUGACCACAGACCACUUCUCAGUUCCUAUGCUUCCUGGCUGAUGUUUUGGUCACUUUUGAAUGCUGGCGGUGCUUUCACUCUAGUGGUAGCAUGAGACGGAGUCUACAACCCACACAAGUGGCUCAGGUAGUGCAGCUCAUCCAGGAUGGCACAUCUAUGCGAGCUGUGGCAAGAAGGUUUGCUGUGUCUGUCAGCGUAGUGUCCAGAGCAUGGAGGCGCUACCAGGAGACAGGCCAGUACAUCAGGAGACGUGGAGGAGGCCGUAGGAGGGCAACAACCCAGCAGCAGGACUGCUACCUCCACCUUUGUGCAAGGAGGAGCAGGAGGAGCACUGCCAGAGCCCUGCAAAAUGACCUGCUCAAACGGUCAGAAACAGACUCCAUGAGGGUGGUAUGAGGGCCCGACGUCCACAGGUGGGGUUUGUGCUUAAAGCCCAACACUGUGCAGGACGUUUGGCAUUUGCCAGAGAACACCAAGAUUGGCAAAUUCGCCACUGGCGCCCUGUGCUCUUCACAGAUGAAAGCAGGUUCACACUGAGCACAUGACGUGACCGAGUCUGGAGACGCCGUGGAGAACGUUCUGCUGCCUGCAACAUCCUCCAGCAUGACCGGUUUGGCGGUGGGUCAGUCAUGGUGUGGGGUGGCAUUUCUUUGGGGGGCCGCACAGCCCUCCAUGUGCUCGCCAGAGGUAGCCUGACUGCCAUUAGGUACCGAGAUGAGAUCCUCAGACCCCUUGUGAGACCAUAUGCUGGUGCGGUUGGCCCUGGGUUCCUCCUAAUGCAAGACAAUGCUAGACCUCAUGUGGCUGGAGUGUGUCAGUAGUUCCUGCAAGAGGAAGGCAUUGAUGCUAUGGACUGUCCUGCCCGUUCCCCAGACCUGAAUCCAAUUGAGCACAUCUGGGACAUCAUGUCUCGCUCCAUCCACCAACGCCACGUUGCACCACAGACUGUCCAGGAGUUGGCGGAUGCUUUAGUCCAGGUCUGGGAGGAGAUCCCUCAGGAGACCAUCCGCCACCUCAUCAGGAGCAUGCCCAGGCGUUGUAGGGAGGUCAUACAGGCACGUGGAGGCCACACACACUACUGAGCCUCAUUUUGACUUGUUUUAAGGACAUUACAUCAAAGUUGGAUCAGCCUGUAGUGUAACUCUCGUUCUUUAAUUUUGAGGGUGACUCCAAAUCCAGACCUCCAUGGGUUGAUAAAUUUGAUUUCCAUUGAUAAGUUUUGUGUGAUUUUGUUGUCAGCACAUUCAACUAUGUAAAGAAAAAAGUAUUUCAUUCAGAUCUAGGAUGUGUUAUUUUAGUGUUCCCUUUUAUUUUUUUGAGCAGUGUAUAUAACAUUCUAUUGGUUGCAAGAAUUUUGUAUAAUAAUUUAAAUUGAAAAGCUCAAAGUUUUGAAUCCAGCGUAGUUUUGUGUAUCAGUUCAUAAACCAUGUGCCAUGUAAUCGGUGCAUCGAAAAUUUUAUCCCAACUAUUUUGCAAUCUUUUUGGCACAGGUGUCAAUUUUUGGGUCCUUAAAUGAAACUGGUAUACUUUUUUAUUUGUCAAAAAUUUCUUUAGCCAAUUUUGGUCUUUAAUGAAGGGCCAAAAGACAAGUUCCUUACUUACAUUUACGUCAUUUAGCAGACGCUCUUAUCCAGAGCGACUUACAAAUUGGUGCAUUCACCUUAUAGCCAGUGGGAUAACCACUUUACAAUAUGUAUUUAUUUUUAAAAAAAUUUUGGGGGGGGGUAAGGGGGGGGGUAGAAGGAUGACUUUAUCCUAUCCCAGGUAUUCCUUAAAGAGGUGGGGUUUCAAGUGUCUCCGGAAGGUGGUGAGUGACUCUGCUGUCCUGGCGUCGUGAGGGAGCUUGUUCCACCAUUGGGGUGCCAGAGCAGCGAACAGUUUUGACUGGGCUGAGCGGGAACUGUGCUUCCGCAGAGGUAGGGGGGCCAGCAGGCCAGAGGUGGAUGAACGCAAUGCCCUCGUUUGGGUGUAGGGACUGAUCAGAGCCUGAAGGUACGGAGGUGCCGUUCCCCUCACAGCUCCGUAGGCAAUAGGGGGGCCAGCAGGCCAGAGGUGGAUGAACGCAAUGCCCUCGUUUGGGUGUAGGGACUGAUCAGAGCCUGAAGGUACGGAGGUGCCAUUCCCCUCACAGCUCCGUAGGCAAGCACCAUGGUCUUGUAGCAGAUGCGAGCUUCAACUGGAAGCCAGUGGAGUGUGCGGAGGAGCGGGGUGACGUGAGAGAACUUGGGAAGGUUGAACACCAGACGGGCUGCGGCAUUCUGGAUGAGUUGUAGGGGUUUAAUGGCACAGGCAGGGAGCCCAGCCAACAGCGAGUUGCAGUAAUCCAGACGGGAGAUGACAAGUGCCUGGAUUAGGACCUGUGCCGCUUCCUGUGUAAGGCAGGGUCGUACUCUCCGAAUGUUGUAGAGCAUGAACCUACAGAAUCGGGUCACCACCUUGAUGUUAGCGGAGAACGACAGGGUGUUGUCCAGGGUCACGCCAAGGCUCUUUGCACUCUGGGAGGAGGACACAACAGAGUUGUCAACUGUGAUGGCGAGAUCAUGGAACGGGCAGUCCUUCCCCGGGAGGAAGAGCAGCUCCGUCUUGCCGAGGUUCAGCUUGAGGUGGUGAUCCGUCAUCCACACUGAUAUGUCUGCCAGACGUGCAGAGAUGCGAUUCGCCACCUGGUUAUCAGAAGGGGGAAAGGAGAAGAUUAGUUGUGUGUCGUCUGCAUAGCAAUGAUAGGAGAGGCCAUGUGAGGAUAUGACAGAGCCAAGUGACUUGGUGUAUAGCGAUAAUAGGAGAGAGCCUAGAACUGAGCCCUGGGGGACACCAGUGGUGAGAGCACGUGGUGCGGAGACAGAUUCUCGCCACGCCACUUGGUAGGAGCGACCUGUCAGGUAGGACGCAAUCCAAGAGUGAGCCGCGCCGGAGAUGCCCAACUCGGAGAGGGUGGAGAGGAGGAUCUGAUUGUUCACAGUAUCAAAGGCAGCAGACAGGUCUAGAAGGACAAGAGCAGAGGAGAGAGAGUUAGCUUUAGCAGUGCGGAGAGCCUCCGUGACACAGAGAAGAGCAGUCUCAGUUGAAUGACCAGUCUUGAAACCUGACUGGAUUGGAUCAAGAAGGUCAUUCUGAGAGAGAUAGCAGUUGGCUAAAGACGGCACGCUCAAGAGUUUUGGAGAGAAAAGAAAGAAGGGAUACUGGUCUGUAGUUGUUGACAUCGGAGGGAUCGGGUGUAGGUUUUUUGAGAAGGGGUGCAACUCUCGCUCUCUUGAAGACAGAAGGGACAUAGCCAGCGGUCAAGGAUGAGUUGAUGAGCGAGGUGAGGUAAGGGAGAAGGUCCUCGGAAAUGGUCUGGAGAAGAGAGGAGGGGAUAGGGUCAAGCGGGCAGGUUGUUGAGCGGCCGGCCAUCACAAGUCGCAAGAUUUCAUCUGGAGAGAGAGGGGAGAGGGGGGGGGGGAGGAGGAUUCAGCAGGGAGGAGAAGGUGGCAAAGAGCUUCCUAGGGUUAGAGGCAGAUGCUUGGAAUUUAGAGUGGUAGAAAGUGGCUUUAGCAGCAGAAACAGAGGAAGAAAAUGUAGAGAGGAGGGAGUGAAAAGAUGCCAGGUCCGCAGGGAGUCUAGUUUUCCUCCAUUUCCGCUCGGCUGCCCGGAGCCCUGUUCUGUGAGCUCGCAAUGAGUCGUCAAGCCACGGAGCAGGAGGGGAGGACCUAGCCGGCCGGGAGGAUAGGGGACAUAGAGAGUCAAAGGAUGCAGAAAGGGAGGAGAGGAGGGUUGAGGAGGCAGAAUCAGGAGAUUGGAGGGAGAAGGAUUGAGCAGAGGGAAGAGAUGAUAGGAUGGAAGAGGAGAGAGUAGCGGGAGAGAGAGAGCGAAGGUUGCGACGGCGCAUUACCAUCUGAGUAGAGGCAGAGUGAGUAUUGUUGGAGGAGAGCGGAAGAGAAAAGGAUACAAAGUAGUGGUCGGAGACUUGGAGGGGAGUUGCAGUGAGAUUAGUAGAAGAACAGCAUCUAGUAAAGAUGAGGUCAAGCCUUGUGAGUAGGGGGGGGCGGUGAGAGGGUGAGGUCAAAAGAGGAGAGGAGUGGAAAGGAGGCAGAGAGAAAUGAGUCAAAGGUAGACGUAGGGAGGGUAAAGUCACCCAGAUCUGUGAGGGGUGAGCCAUCCUCAGGAAAGGAACCUAUCAAGGCGUCAAGCUCAUUGAUCAACUCUCCAAGGGAACCUGGAGGGCGAUAAAUGAUAAGGAUGUUAAGCUUGAAUGGGCUAGUGACUGUGACAGCAUGGAAUUCAAAUGAGGAGAUAGACAGAUGGGUCAGGGGAAAAAGAGAGAAUGUCAACUUGGGAGAGAUGAGGAUUCCUGUGCCACCACCCCGCUGACCAGAUGCUCUCGGGGUAUGCGAGAACACAUGGUCAGACGAGGAGAGAGCAGUAGGAGUAGCAGUGUUUUCAGUGGUAAUCCAUGUUUCCGUCAGCGCCAAGAAGUCGAGGGACUGGAGCAUAGGCAGCAUACUUUCUCCCCCCUGCCUCUUACAUUUUUGCGGUAAUGCUGCAAUUAGUUAUUUGUAAUUUUAAGUAGAACAGACAUUUCCAUAUAUAUUUGUUAGCUGCAUUUUUUUUACAUUUACAUUUUAGUCAUUUAGCAGACGCUCUUAUCCAGAGCGACUUACAGGAGCAAUUAGGGUUAAGUGCCUUGCUUAAGGGCACAUCGACAGAUUUUUCACCUAGUCGGCUCGGGGAUUAGAACCAGCGACCUUUCGGUUACUGGCACAACGCUCUUACCCACUAAGCUACCUGCCGACCCUGCAUGUGUGACAACUCCACCAGUCCUAUUUAUGAUAUAAUUUACAAAGAUUUUACCCUCUUAAAAAAAAAAAAAUGUUUUGUAUCAAUUAGUAUAUUUGAGUUUAGCCAUAAUAUUUGUUGUAAUAUUUGUUCUGUCUUUUCUGGAGGAUUAAACUGAAAUUGCAACCAACUUUCUAUGGCUUGUUUUAAAAAUAGCGAUAUUUUGGAGAUUAUUUCAUUUUCAAAUAACCAAAAGUGAGAGGUUGUAAUCUGAAUAAAGGGGAAAAGGCCGUUCUUGAACAUGUGGUGAGACAUUGUUCCUAAUCUGCUAGAGAACCAGUUCAGAUGUAAGUAUAACUUUUGAAGGACUGAAGCCUUUAGUGAGAGAUCUAAUGCUUUAAUGUUUAAUAAUUUUUGCCCUCUGAUUUCAUAUUAAUGAUAAAAAUAGGCCCGUUUAAUUUUGUCAGGCUUGCAAUUCCAAAUAAAAUAUAAUAUUUUUUGCUCAUAUAUUUUUUUUAAAAAUCAAGUCACUAGGUGUAGGCAAGGACGUAAUCAAUUAGGUAAACUGGGAUAUGAGUUAUUCAGGGUAAGUUUUCCACAAAUAGACAGGUAUUUUCCUUUCCACGGUAGCAAGAUCUUAUCUAUUUUUGCUGACUUUCUAUUAAAAUGUAUUGUAAUGAGGUCAUUUCAUUCUUUCAGGAUAUGAAUACAGAGUAUGUCCACUUCACCGUCAGACCAUUUUAUUGGUAAACUACAGUAUGUUUAUUUCUUGAUCUCAUCUCAUCCUAAUGCUAAGUCAAACAGACCCAGUCUGAUGGGGAGGGAGGGAAGAGGAGGGCACCUCUCAUCUUUCACUGCACUGGCUGACUUGGGACCAAAGCCUCUCUUUGUUACCUGUCCAGUCAUAUCCUUACAUCUUCUUUGGGGAGAAGAAGAUGUUUGUUUUUUCCCCCUGUUUUGAUAUGUUUUCCCUGCGCAUGUACUGUGCUGCCUGCCAUGUGCUGGUAAUAGCCAUACUCCUCAUGCUUCCCCAGAUGGUCAAAAUGCAAUAGCAAUGGACAUAUUGACUGGACACAGCAAAACAAUUGUCGGAAGAACUUGGUUCAUCAAAGUUACGUAAUAAAUGGCCUGCAUAUAAUUGCAUGUGGGAUGAAUAUUAGAUUUUGAUCAAAAUAUUAAGAAUAAUAAGAAGCCUAGUCACUGCCAAGUGAAUAUGUGUAGGAGGGAGAGAUUGGUACAGUAUAUGAUUAGGAUUGCUCCAAUGACAACCCUGCACUAGUCUAGCAGACCACUAUUAGUUAUGUUGAAAGUUGAGUAAUGAUUGCUCAGGCCUUGAAAACAUGUUGUUUUACUUGACCACUUUUAUUGAUUAUGUUAUGUAGUACUCACUUGCUCAUAAAAUCCUAUUGAAUUGAAAAAGCUGGCAGACUUAAUGUGAUUUUAUUGUUUCAGCCUUAGCAGAGGGAAUUGGAAUGUUUGUGGUCCUCAGUAGCUCAGCUGGUAGAGCACAGCGCUUGUAACGCUAAGGUAGUGGGUCCGAUCCCCGGGACCACCCAUACAGAAAAAUGUAUGCAUGCAUGACUGUAUGUCGCUUUGGAUAAAAGCGUCUGCUACAUGGCAUAUUAUAUUAUUAUUAUAUUAUUUACAAAUAUUCAGGGACGAUGUGUUUUUACAAGCCCUGUUUUUUCUCUAAGGUUACGGAUCACGCCACCACUGCUCUGCUGCACUACCAACUCCCCCAGAUGCCCGAUGUGGUGGUACGGUCCUUCAUGGUGAGCACAUUCACAAAGGAAACCCUCUAUAUAACCCACUCACACCCUGUGACUGAGCUCCUCUACUUGAUCAUCUACUGUCCCAUAUCUUCACCAUAUAGACAUAGCCGAUGGGUUGUACUUGCAUUGCUGUCUCUAGGCAUCUUAUCACACCUACAGUACUGUUACAGUGCCUCUUUUGAUUUAAGGCUCUGAAACUCAUUUUUGAGGAGGGGGUUAAAAACUGUCAGGCUAUUACUGGAUAAUGAUGGUUGUGAGUCAGGCAACGCUCCCCUGUCCCGCUGAAGCUUGUAACCAGUCUCCACAUGUACAGUCCUAUAGAGGAAGUACCUCAGGAAGCAUAGAAGAGACUGUAUUAUUGUCUUGAUGUUGGCUGUGACGGUCAUGGAAUUUUGGAUGAGGAUGACAGUAAUUGGUCAGCCAAAUGACCGCGGUCAUCGUUUAACUGUUUGAAUAGAAAAUAAAAAAUAAUUUUUUCAACACAUUUUCUUCUCUGCUACUGACUGCGUGUGCUGCUGCUGCAGGGAGGGGGGCAUUGCCUAGGCAACUGACGACUUGUUUGCUACAACACCUUGCUUGUUUCAGCAAGGAGAAACUGCGUUUCAUCACGUUGUAAAGACUCCAUGUUACCGUAGAAACAGACUCAACCGCACUAAUGCCUGGCUAUCCUGUCUUCAGUCAUCUGUUUGUUCCACACACAAAAAUUACGGUUAUGACUGUUAUUUUAUUUUCAUGACGGUCUUCAUCCAUAACCGCCGCUUAUACGGUAAUUGUGCCCGCCCUACUUGAUGUUUUUAAAUAGCCCGACUGUCCACUCUGCAGACCUGUGCUCUUAGUGCUGAGGUGAGGGAGAUGAAUUUGCCAAUCCGGUGUUGGAGAUCAAUGGGAGCCUAUUCUGAUCUGGCCCCGCCAGGGUGUGGUGGCUGGGUUCAAUCAGACAGUGGCUCAGCUUCAAGGCCAACACCCAGGUGCCUCCAUUACCAGCCUGUCCUCAUUGACAGCUUGACUCUGUCUAGAAAGACAUUAGCACUAUGUCUGCAAUCAAUCCUGUUUAAAGGAACAGUUGGCCCAAGUCCCAUCUUAAGUAGCCACUAAAGCAAUUAAAUAAAAAUGCCUUUUUUGCACCUGUUUUGCAGUUGCUAUUCCAUAGGCUUUGCAAAUGCAUUACUCUCUACUUACCUAUAACUGUAGUCUUCUCGUUGCAGCGCUAACAUGAGAUUGCUGUAAUGGAUAUUUUCUCACGCCGCCCAAUGAGGGUGGUGAUCAUUACGCUGGCCGGUGAUGAAUUGAGGAGCAGGGUUUUAAUCCUACAGAUGGAUGAUGCCAGUGAAUAGGUUUCGACAGGUGUGUGACUGUGUGAGGGAGGUCUGGCAGUGUGGCUGGCUGGGGCCGACUGAUGGGCUGGGAGAGAGAGGGGGGCCUGAAGAUGAGGAGAGACUCCACUCACCCCCCUGGGUGGAUUGACCACAAUCCCCUCAUUGGUGCUCUCUGUCUCUGUCCCCCUCUAUCUCUUUCUCUCUCUCUCUCUCUCUCUCUCCCGUUCUCUCUCUUUCUCUCUGUCUCUCUCACCGUGUCAGCUCAUCUGCUCAUCAAAAUGGCCCGUCAUUGAGUUUUGAUUCAAAAUGUUAUGUUUUACUAGAAUCAGUCUAUUGGUGAAUCCUCCUGACAGAUACAGUGAGGGAAAAAAGUAUUUGAUCCCCUGCUGAUUUUGUACGUUUGCCCACUGACAAAGAAAUGAUCAGUCUAUAAUUUUAAUGGUAGGUUUAUUUGAACAGUGAGAGACAGAAUCACAACCAAAAAAUCCAGAAAAACGCAUGUCAGAAAAUGUUAUACAUUUAUUUGCAUUUUAAUGAGGGGAAUAAGUAUUUGACCCCCUCUCAAUCAGAAAGAUUUCUGUCUCCCAGGUGUCUUUUAUACAGGUAACAAGAUGAGAUUAGGAGCACACUCUUAAAGGGAGUGCUCCUAAUCUCAGUUUGUUACCUGUAUAAAAGACACCUGUCCAUAGAAGCAAUCAAUCAGAUUCCAAACUCUCCACCAUGGCCAAGACCAAAGAGCUCUCCAAGGAUGUCAGGGACAAGAUUGUAGACCUACACAAUGCUGGAAUGGGCUACAAGACCAUCGCCAAGCAGCUUGGUGAGAAGGUGACAACAGUUGGUGCGAUUAUUCGCAAAUGGAAGAAACACAAAAUAACUGUCAAUCUCCCUUGGCCUGGGGCUCCAUGCAAGAUCUCACCUCAUGUAGUUGCAAUGAUCAUGAGAACGGUGAGGAAUCAGCCCAGAACUACACGGGAGGAUCUUGUCAAUGAUCUCAAGGCAGCUGGGACCAUAGUCACCAAGAAAACAAUUGGUAACACACUACGCCGUGAAGGACUGAAUUCCUGCAGCGCCCGCAAGGUCCCCCUGCUCAAGAAAGCAUAUAUACAGGCCUGUCUGAAGUUUGCCAAUGAACAUCUGAAUGAUUCAGAGGAGAACUGGGUGAAAGUGUUGUGGUCAGAUGAGACCAAAAUUGAGCUCUUUGGCAUCAACUCGCUGUGUUUGGAGGAGGAGGAAUGCUGCCUAUGUCCCCAGGAACACCAUCCCCACCGUCAAACAUGGAGGUGGAAACAUUAUGCUUUGGGGAUGUUUUUCUGCUAAGGGGACAGGACAACUUCACCGCAUCAAAGGGACGAUGGACGGGGCCAUGUACCGUCAAAUCUUGAGUGAGAACCUCCUUCCCUCAGCCAGGGCAUUGAAAAUGGGUCGUGGAUGGGUAUUCCAGCAUGACAAUGUCCCAAAACACACGGCCAAGGCAACAAAGGAGUGGCUCAAGAAGAGGCACAUUAAGGUCCUGGAGUGGCCUAGCCAGUCUCCAGACCUUAAUCCCAUAGAAAAUCUGUGGAGGGAGCUGAAGGUUCGAGUUGCCAAACAUCAGCCUCGAAACCUUAAUGACUUGGAGAAGAUCUGCAAAGAGGAGUGGAACAAAAUCCCUCCUGAGAUGUGUGCAAACCUGGUGGCCAACUACAAGAAACGUCUGACCUCUGUGAUUGCCAACAAGGGUUUUACCACCAAGUACUAAGUCAUGUUUUGCAGAGGAGUCAAAUACUUAUUUCCCUCAUUAAAAUGCAAAUCAAUUUAUAACAUUUUUGACAUUUGUUUGUUGUUAUUCUCUCUCACACUGUUCAAAUAAACCUACCAUUAAAAUUAUAGACUGAUCAUGUCUUUGUCCGUGGGCAAAUGUACAAAAUCAGCAGGGGAUCAAAUACUUUUUUCCCUCACUGUAUAUCACCGUCUUCCUGCCUGAAUUUCCAUUUUAUUUUCUCCUUGGCAGACCUGGCUAAGAAGCUACAUCAAGCUGUUCCAGACCCCAUGUCAGCGUUGUGGGAAGUUCCUGCAGGAGGGCCUUCCCCCGACCUGGAGAGACUUUCGCACCCUGGAGGCCUUCCACGACACGUGUAGGCAAUGA